AUGGGGAAGGAGGGAAAAUACGACCUGAAACUGUCCGAGCCCCCACCUUCCUCCCAGCCUGCCACUGAAGACUCUGACACUGAGGACGACACUGGUCAGUGUAUAUAUAGACACAAUACGCCCCCUGGUGCAAAUCAAAUCAAUCACAUUUGAUUUCUUAAGGCCUACAUCAACAGUGAUCAAAGCAAGUGCUUUGCAAUGUGUAGUAAAAGUCACUGAGGUGAAAUAACAAGUCAGACAGACCUUUUCUCUAAUAUACAGGGGGUUUGUUCCUGUGUGCAUUAGAAGGAGAGGUUCUGGAUAAGAGCACCCACCCCACAGCCAUGUUGUUGACCAGCACAGUGAACCUGUUGAAGACCCUUUCUCUGUCUGCUGGGAUCUACUCCGAGGUGAUGCAGACAGACGCCACGCGGACCCUCUGUGGCCUACUCCGCAUGCUGGUGGAGAGUGGAGCCAAAGACAAGACCGGUAACUCAUCGGAACUAGAGGAAGAAACUAUGUAUAUGGAAUCACUCAGCCCUGACAAAUGGCUCAGUCUACCCUCUGCCCUCAGGUUGUCCAUCUCACCGGCUGGUGUCCAGAGAGCAGCAUCGUAGCUGGUGUACUCUGUCCUGACCUCUAACCUCUACCCUCUGCCCUUCAGGUUGUCCAUCUCACCGGCUGGUGUCCAGAGAGCAGCAUCGGAGCUGGUGUACUCUGUCCUGACCUCUAACCUCUACCCUCUGCCCUUCAGGUUGUCCAUCUCACCGGCUGGUGUCCAGAGAGCAGCAUCGUAGCUGGUGUACUCUGUCCUGACCUCUAACCUCUACCCUCUGCCCUUCAGGUUGUCCAUCUCACCGGCUGGUGUCCAGAGAGCAGCAUCGGAGCUGGUGUACUCUGUCCUGACCUCUAACCUCUACCCUCUGCCCUUCAGGUUGUCCAUCUCACCGGCUGGUGUCCAGAGAGCAGCAUCGUAGCUGGUGUACUCUGUCCUGACCUCUAACCUCUACCCUCUGCCCUUCAGGUUGUCCAUCUCACCGGCUGGUGUCCAGAGAGCAACAUCGUAGCUGGUGUACUCUGUCCUGACCUCUAACCUCUACCCUCUGCCCUCAGGUUGUCCAUCUCACCGGCUGGUGUCCAGAGAGCAACAUCGUAGCUCUUGUACUCUGUCCUGACCUCUAACCUCUACCCUCUGCCCUUCAGGUUGUCCAUCUCACCGGCUGGUUUUCCAGAGAGCAGCAUCGGAGCUGGUGUACUCUGUCCUGACCUCUAACCUCUACCCUCUGCCCUUCAGGUUGUCCAUCUCACCGGCUGGUGUCCAGAGAGCAGCAUCGUAGCUGGUGUACUCUGUCCUGACCUCUAACCUCUACCCUCUGCCCUUCAGGUUGUCCAUCUCACCGGCUGGUGUCCAGAGAGCAACAUCGUAGCUCUUGUACUCUGUCCUGACCUCUAACCUCUACCCUCUGCCCUUCAGGUUGUCCAUCUCACCGGCUGGUUUCCAGAGAGCAGCAUCGGAGCUGGUGUACUCUGUCCUGACCUCUAACCUCUACCCUCUGCCCUUCAGGUUGUCCAUCUCACCGGCUGGUUUCCAGAGAGCAGCAUCGUAGCUGGUGUACUCUGUCCUGACCUCUAACCUCUACCCUCUGCCCUUCAGGUUGUCCAUCUCACCGGCUGGUGUCCAGAGAGCAACAUCGUAGCUGGUGUACUCUGUCCUGACCUCUAACCUCUACCCUCUGCCCUCAGGUUGUCCAUCUCACCGGCUGGUGUCCAGAGAGCAACAUCGUAGCUCUUGUACUCUGUCCUGACCUCUAACCUCUACCCUCUGCCCUUCAGGUUGUCCAUCUCACCGGCUGGUUUCCAGAGAGCAGCAUCGGAGCUGGUGUACUCUGUCCUGACCUCUAACCUCUACCCUCUGCCCUUCAGGUUGUCCAUCUCACCGGCUGGUGUCCAGAGAGCAGCAUCGUAGCUGGUGUACUCUGUCCUGACCUCUAACCUCUACCCUCUGCCCUUCAGGUUGUCCAUCUCACCGGCUGGUGUCCAGAGAGCAACAUCGUAGCUCUUGUACUCUGUCCUGACCUCUAACCUCUACCCUCUGCCCUUCAGGUUGUCCAUCUCACCGGCUGGUUUCCAGAGAGCAGCAUCGGAGCUGGUGUACUCUGUCCUGACCUCUAACCUCUACCCUCUGCCCUUCAGGUUGUCCAUCUCACCGGCUGGUUUCCAGAGAGCAGCAUCGUAGCUGGUGUACUCUGUCCUGACCUCUAACCUCUACCCUCUGCCCUUCAGGUUGUCCAUCUCACCGGCUGGUUUCCAGAGAGCAGCAUCGGAGCUGGUGUACUCUGUCCUGACCUCUAACCUCUACCCUCUGCCCUUCAGGUUGUCCAUCUCACCGGCUGGUUUCCAGAGAGCAGCAUCGGAGCUGGUGUACUCUGUCCUGACCUCUAACCUCUACCCUCUGCCCUUCAGGUUGUCCAUCUCACCGGCUGGUGUCCAGAGAGCAGCAUCGUAGCUGGUGUACUCUGUCCUGACCUCUAACCUCUACCCUCUGCCCUUCAGGUUGUCCAUCUCACCGGCUGGUGUCCAGAGAGCAGCAUCGGAGCUGGUGUACUCUGUCCUGACCUCUAACAUCUACCCUCUGCCCUUCAGGUUGUCCAUCUCACCGGCUGGUUUCCAGAGAGCAGCAUCGGAGCUGGUGUACUCUGUCCUGACCUCUAACCUCUACCCUCUGCCCUUCAGGUUGUCCAUCUCACCGGCUGGUUUCCAGAGAGCAGCAUCGGAGCUGGUGUACUCUGUCCUGACCUCUAACCUCUACCCUCUGCCCUUCAGGUUGUCCAUCUCACCGGCUGGUUUCCAGAGAGCAGCAUCGGAGCUGGUGUACUCUGUCCUGACCUCUAACCUCUACCCUCUGCCCUUCAGGUUGUCCAUCUCACCGGCUGGUGUCCAGAGAGCAGCAUCGGAGCUGGUGUACUCUGUCCUGACCUCUAACCUCUACCCUCUGCCCUUCAGGUUGUCCAUCUCACCGGCUGGUUUCCAGAGAGCAGCAUCGGAGCUGGUGUACUCUGUCCUGACCUCUAACCUCUACCCUCUGCCCUUCAGGUUGUCCAUCUCACCGGCUGGUGUCCAGAGAGCAGCAUCGGAGCUGGUGUACUCUGUCCUGACCUCUAACCUCUACCCUCUGCCCUCAGGUUGUCCAUCUCACCGGCUGGUUUCCAGAGAGCAGCAUCGGAGCUGGUGUACUCUGGGUUUCAUCCGCAGUAUUGCCCUCCAGCCGCAGAUGUGUUCUACUCUAAGUACUCCGGCCUGGAUCAGCCUGCUGAUCCGCAUCGUAGAGGGACAACAGUCCUUUAACGCUGUUACGCUGCAGAGACAGGUAAGACCAUCUUGAUGUUGGUCAAUGAAAGACUGGUGCUGAUGUUCUGCUGGCGGUGGGUUGGCGGAGCUGGCUUUGGUACCGCUUUAUGGCCACUGUCAAACAGAGUGACAGAUGAGGACAGAACAGUCCACCAUCAUGGGACAGAGAUAAUGAAUGGAGAGGCAUGUCCUCCCUGUCCCCAGAGAGACUGGAGAGGCAUGUCCUCCCUGUCCCCAGAGAUAAUGAAUGGAGAGGCAUGUCCUCCCUGUCCCCAGAGAGACUGAAUGGAAAGGCAUGUCCUCCCUGUCCCCAGAGAGACUGAAUGGAGAGGCAUGUCCUCCCUGUCCCCAGAGAGAAUGAAUGGAGAGGCAUGUCCUCCCUGUCCCCAGAGAGACUGAAUGGAGAGGCAUGUCCUCCCUGUCCCCAGAGAGACUGGAGAGGCAUGUCCUCCCUGUCCCCAGAGAGACUGAAUGGAAAGGCAUGUCCUCCCUGUCCCCAGAGAGACUGAAUGGAAAGGCAUGUCCUCCCUGUCCCCAGAGAUAAUGAAUGGAGAGGCAUGUCCUCCCUGUCCCCAGAGAGAAUGAAUGGAGAGGCAUGUCCUCCCUGUCCCCAGAGAGAAUGAAUGGAGAGGCAUGUCCUCCCUGUCCCCAGAGAGACUGGAGAGGCAUGUCCUCCCUGUCCCCAGAGAGACUGAAUGGAGAGGCAUGUCCUCCCUGUCCCCAGAGAGACUGAAUGGAAAGGCAUGUCCUCCCUGUCCCCAGAGAGACUGAAUGGAGAGGCAUGUCCUCCCUGUCCCCCAGAGAGACUGAAUGGAGAGGCAUGUCCUCCAUGUCCCCAGAGAGACUGGAGAGGCAUGUCCUCCAUGUCCCCAGAGAGACUGGAGAGGCAUGUCCUCCAUGUCCCCAGAGAGACUGAAUGGAAAGGCAUGUCCUCCCUGUCCCCAGAGAUAAUGAAUGGAGAGGCAUGUCCUCCCUGUCCCCAGAGAGACUGGAGAGGCAUGUCCUCCCUGUCCCCAGAGAGACUGGAGAGGCAUGUCCUCCAUGUCCCCAGAGAGACUGAAUGGAGAGGCAUGUCCUCCCUGUCCCCAGAGAGACUGAAUGGAAAGGCAUGUCCUCCCUGUCCCCAGAGAGACUGAAUGGAGAGGCAUGUCCUCCCUGUCCCCAGAGAGACUGAAUGGAGAGGCAUGUCCUCCCUGUCCCCAGAGAGACUGAAUGGAGAGGCAUGUCCUCCCUGUCCCCAGAGAGACUGAAUGGAGAGGCAUGUCCUCCAUGUCCCCAGAGAGACUGGAGAGGCAUGUCCUCCAUGUCCCCAGAGAGACUGGAGAGGCAUGUCCUCCAUGUCCCCAGAGAGACUGAAUGGAAAGGCAUGUCCUCCCUGUCCCCAGAGAUAAUGAAUGGAGAGGCAUGUCCUCCCUGUCCCCAGAGAGACUGGAGAGGCAUGUCCUCCCUGUCCCCAGAGAGACUGGAGAGGCAUGUCCUCCAUGUCCCCAGAGAGACUGAAUGGAGAGGCAUGUCCUCCCUGUCCCCAGAGAGACUGAAUGGAAAGGCAUGUCCUCCCUGUCCCCAGAGAGACUGAAUGGAGAGGCAUGUCCUCCCUGUCCCCAGAGAGAAUGAAUGGAGAGGCAUGUCCUCCCUGUCCCCAGAGAGAAUGAAUGGAGAGGCAUGUCCUCCCUGUCCCCAGAGAGACUGAAUAGAGAGGCAUGUCCUCCCUGUCCCCAGAGAGACUGAAUGGAGAGGCAUGUCCUCCCUGUCCCCAGAGAGACUGAAUGGAGAGGCAUGUCCUCCCUGUCCCCAGAGAGACUGGAGAGGCAUGUCCUCCCUGUCCCCAGAGAGACUGAAUGGAAAGGCAUGUCCUCCCUGUCCCCAGAUUUCUAACUGAUCCUGGCUCUGCGUCUGCUGUAUAGAGCUGGCCAAAUGAGACAUUCCCCUUGUAUCCCCUGUAUCGAUAUUAUUCUGUGUGUAACGAGUGUCUCCUCCCUGUCUCCAGAUCCUGGCUCUGCGUCUGCUGCAGGCCGUGCUCCCCUCCUGGGACAAGAUGGAGAGAUCUCAGGACAUGAAGUUCCUGGUGGAGAAACUCUUUGGUUUCCUGGGGGGUCUGCUCAGUACCUGCUCCUCUGACCUGCCUCUGCUCAGAGGUAUGACCCCUAACCCCUAACCCCUCACCCUGACCCCUAACCCCUGACCCCUAACCCCUCACCCUGACCCCUAACCCCUAACCCCUAACCCUGACCCUAAACUCUUUGGUUUCCUGGGGGGUCUGCUCAGUACCUGCUCCUCUGACCUGCCUCUGCUCAGAGGUAUGACCCCUAACCCCUAACCCCUCACCCUGACCCCUAACCCCUAACCCUGACCCCUAACCCCUAACCCCUAACCCUGACCCUAAACUCUUUGGUUUCCUGGGGGGUCUGCUCAGUACCUGCUCCUCUGACCUGCCUCUGCUCAGAGGUAUGACCCCUAACCCCUAACCCCUCACCCUGACCCCUAACCCUGACCCCUAACCCCUGACCCCUCACCCUGACCCCUAACCCCUCACCCUGACCCCUAGCCCCUAACCCUGUCCCCUAACCCCUCACCCUGACCCCUAACCCUGACCCCUAACCCCUAACCCUGACCCUAAACUCUUUGGUUUCCUGGGGGGUCUGCUUCACUCCUGCUCCUCUGAUCUGCCUCUGCUCAGAGGUAUGUACCCUAACCCCUAACCCCUAACCCUGACCCCUAACCCCUAACCCCUAACCCUGACCCUAAACUCUUUGGUUUCCUGGGGGGUCUGCUUCACUCCUGCUCCUCUGAUCUGCCUCUGCUCAGAGGUAUGUACCCUAACCCCUAACCCCUAACCCUGACCCCUAACCCCUAACCCCUAACCCUGACCCUAAACUCUUUGGUUUCCUGGGGGGUCUGCUCAGUACCUGCUCCUCUGACCUGCCUCUGCUCAGAGGUAUGACCCCUAACCCCUAACCCCUCACCCUGACCCCUAACCCCUCACCCCGACCCCUAACCCCUAACCCUAAACUCUGGUUUCCUGGGGGGUCUGCUUCACUCCUGCUCCUCUGAUCUGCCUCUGCUCAGAGGUAUGUACCCUAACCCCUAACCCCUCACCCUAACCCCUAUCCCUGACCCUAAACUCUUUGGUUUCCUGGGGGGUCUGCUUCACUCCUGCUCCUCUGAUCUGCCUCUGCUCAGAGGUAUGGGAGGGUUAAAUACAACUUUAUGAACCCCCUCAGGUGCAAAUCAAGACCAAUGAUAACAUUGUCCAUGUACCAACACAAGGACCGUAUACACAUAGAACAUUCCCUCGGACUAAGUAUCUCUCUGUUCUCUGUAAUAACAUGUCUUCCUGUCCCUGUUACAGAGGGCUCUCUGAGACGCAGGAAGUCCCGCCCCCAGGCCUCCCUGACAGCCAGUCACAGCAGUACACUGGCUGAGGAGAUAGUUGCUGUGCUGCGCACGCUGCACUCCCUGGGCCAAUGGAAUGCUCUGAUCAACGACUAUAUCAACUCUCAACUCAGCUGUAUAGGAGAUGUGAUGGCCGGACGACACUCUGAGGUGCUACUCUCUUCUUACUGCACUAUGGGCCCGUUUCCCAGACACAGAUUAAGUCCUGGACUAAAAAGCUCUUUCAGUGGAGAAUCUGUGCUGAGAAUGGUUUUUAUAUUUAUUAUGUGAUGAUGACUUCAUGUGGGAGCAGCAGCGCUUAAUGUAUGUUCAAGAGAGAUGUCCCCUCAGGAUCAACUUCAGUCUCCCAAUCUCACUGUUGUAGAACUCUUCACAAGUGUUAUGGGUUCGAUCGUCUAUCCUCAUGUUGACUUUACUGUCAGUUCUUUAUGAAAACAUCUGCAUCUUCUUUAAGACUCAAUCAACUUUAUUUAGAAAAUAUCACAGUGUAAUAAUGUUCUCUCUCUGUCCCCAGGCCCUCCUAGAGGAAUACUUCCCUGACUCGGAGGGCCCCAGGGUGGGUAGUUUGAUGGCCGUGCUGGCUGUGAUCGGGGGCAUCGACGGGAGGCUGAGGCUGGGCGGACAGGUCGUCCACGAGGAGUAUGGAGAGGGAACGGUCACACGCAUCACACCUAAAGGACGAAUCACAGUCCAGUUUCAUGAGAUGAGGACCUGUAGGAUCUGCCUGCUCAGCCAACUCAAACCAGUAGGUGUUUAGCUAUUCACACACACACCAUUAUCUCCGGGUGUAGUUCUAACGACCCUGUCCGUCCUCCCCUAGCUACCAGUAGUAUCGUUCAGCGUUCAGAACCUUCCCUUCUCUGACUCCAUGUUGGUUGUCUGGGCUCAACUGGUUAACCUGGCCGGCAGCAAGCUGGAGAAACAACGCCUGAAGAAGUCCCUCAGCCGUGGACUCACAGGUAGGAGACCCACAGAGAAUCACUGUCUGAGUCACAAACUGUAGUAGUUAACUCUCUGAAUCACUGAGUCGCAUAGUAGUUAACUCUCUGAAUCACUGAGUCGCAUAGUAGUUAACUCUCUGAAUCACUGAGUCGCAUAGUAGUUAACUCUCUGAAUCACUGAGUCGCAUAGUAGUUAACUCUCUGAAUCACUGAGUUGCAUAGUAGGUAACUCUCUGAAUCACUGAGUCGCAUAGUAGUUAACUCUCCGAAUCACUGAGUCGCAUAGUAGUUAACUCUCUGAAUCACUGAGUCGCAUAGUAGUUAACUCUCUGAAUCACUGAGUUGCAUAGUAGGUAACUCUCUGAAUCACUGAGUCGCAUAGUAGUUAACUCUCUGAAUCACUGAGUCGCAUAGUAGAUAACUCUCUGAAUCACUGAGUCGCAUAGUAGGUAACUCUGAAUCACUGAGUCGCAUAGUAGUUAACUCUCUGAAUCACUGAGUCGCAUAGUAGUUAACUCUCUGAAUCACUGAGUCGCAUAGUAGUUAACUCUCUGAAUCACUGAGUCGCAUAGUAGGUAACUCUCUGAAUCACUGAGUCGCAUAGUAGUUAACUCUCUGAAUCACUGAGUCGCAUAGUAGUUAACUCUCUGAAUCACUGAGUCGCAUAGUAGUUAACUCUCUGAAUCACUGAGUCGCAUAGUAGGUAACUCUCUGAAUCACUGAGUCGCAUAGUAGGUAACUCUCUGAAUCACUGAAUCGCAUAGUAGUCUCAACCCUCUCUCGCUCUCUCCCCACCCACCCAUCACUGAGUCGCAUAGUAGUUAACUCUCUGAAUCACUGAGUCGCAUAGUAGUUAACUCUCUGAAUCACUGAAUCGCAUAGUAGUUAACUCUCUGAAUCACUGAAUCGCAUAGUAGUCUCAACCCUCUCUCGCUCUCUCCCCACCCACAACAUUUCAGUCGCAUCUUGCGCCAUAGUCUACACUUGUCUGUCCCUCAUGCAUGCAACAACUAGCUCGCCUGUUCUAGCCGCACUGAUUGGUGAAAUUAUUUAUUGAGAUAAAUGUCUGAGUCACAAACUGUAGUAGUUAACUCUCUGAAUCACUGAGUCGCAUAGUAGUUAACUCUCUGAAUCACUGAGUCGCAUAGUAGUUAACUCUCUGAAUCACUGAGUCGCAUAGUAGUUAACUCUCUGAAUCACUGAGUCGCAUAGUAGUUAACUCUCUGAAUCACUGAGUCGCAUAGUAGUUAACUCUCUGAAUCACUGAGUCGCAUAGUAGGUAACUCUCUGAAUCACUGAGUCGCAUAGUAGGUAACUCUCUGAAUCACUGAGUCGCAUAGUAGGUAACUCUCUGAAUCACUGAGUCGCAUAGUAGUUAACUCUCUGAAUCACUGAGUCGCAUAGUAGUUAACUCUCUGAAUCACUGAGUCGCAUAGUAGUUAACUCUCUGAAUCACUGAGUCGCAUAGUAGUUAACUCUCUGAAUCACUGAGUCGCAUAGUAGUUAACUCUCUGAAUCACUGAGUCGCAUAGUAGGUAACUCUCUGAAUCACUGAGUCGCAUAGUAGUUAACUCUCCGAAUCACUGAGUCGCAUAGUAGUUAACUCUCUGAAUCACUGAGUCGCAUAGUAGUUAACUCUCUGAAUCACUGAGUUGCAUAGUAGGUAACUCUCUGAAUCACUGAGUCGCAUAGUAGUUAACUCUCUGAAUCACUGAGUCGCAUAGUAGAUAACUCUCUGAAUCACUGAGUCGCAUAGUAGGUAACUCUGAAUCACUGAGUCGCAUAGUAGUUAACUCUCUGAAUCACUGAGUCGCAUAGUAGUUAACUCUCUGAAUCACUGAGUCGCAUAGUAGUUAACUCUCUGAAUCACUGAGUCGCAUAGUAGUUAACUCUCUGAAUCACUGAGUCGCAUAGUAGGUAACUCUCUGAAUCACUGAGUCGCAUAGUAGUUAACUCUCUGAAUCACUGAGUCGCAUAGUAGUUAACUCUCUGAAUCACUGAAUCGCAUAGUAGUCUCAACCCUCUCUCGCUCUCUCCCCACCCACAACAUUUCAGUCGCAUCUUGCGCCAUAGUCUACACUUGUCUGUCCCUCAUGCAUGCAACAACUAGCUCGCCUGUUCUAGCCGCACUGAUUGGUGAAAUUAUUUAUUGAGAUAAAUGUUUUUUUUAAACGGUUGAUUUCACAGGUUAAAAAAGGAACAGACAAGUGUAGACUAUGGCGCAAGAUGCGACUGAAAUGUUGUGGGUGGGGAGAGAGCGAGAGAGGGUUGAGACUACUAUGCGAUUCAGUGAUUCAGAGAGUUAACUACUAUGCGACUCAGUGAUUCAGAGAGUUAACUACUACAGUUUGUGACUCAGACAUUUAUCUCAAUAAAUAAUUUCACCAAUCAGUGCGGCUAGAACAGGCGAGCUAGUUGUUGCAUGCAUGAGGGACAGACAAGUGUAGACUAUGGCGCAAGAUGCGACUGAAAUGUUGUGGGUGGGGAGAGAGCGAGAGAGGGUUGAGACUACUAUGCGAUUCAGUGAUUCAGAGAGUUAACUACUAUGCGACUCAGUGAUUCAGAGAGUUAACUACUAUGCGACUCAGUGAUUCAGAGAGUUAACUACUAUGCGACUCAGUGGGGGGUUCAAACCGGUUCAGUACUUUAUUUUGCUGGUCAGAACAAUGGAACAGAACAUAAAUACUUCUGCUAUAAAACACACUGUGAAACCAGGCCACCCACCUACACCUACUCUCUGUUCAGGUUCAGAACCAGGCCACCCACCUACACCUACUCUCUGUUCAGGUUCAGAACCAGGCCACCCACCUACACCUACUCUCUGUUCAGGUUCAGAACCAGGCCACCCACCUACUCUCUGUUCAGGUUCAGAACCAGGCCACCCACCUACUCUCUGUUCAGGUUCAGAACCAGGCCACCCACCUACUCUCUGUUCAGGUUCAGAACCAGGCCACCCACCUACACCUACUCUCUCUUCAGGUUCAGAACCAGGCCACCCACCUACUCUCUGUUCAGGUUCAGAACCAGGCCACCCACCUACUCUCUGUUCAGGUUCAGAAACAGGCCACCCACCUACUCUCUGUUCAGGUUCAGAACCAGGCCACCCACCUACUCUCUGUUCAGGUUCAGAACCAGGCCACCCACCUCUGUUCAGUCAGAACCAGGCCACCCACCUACUCUCUGUUCAGGUUCAGAACCAGGCCACCCACCUACACCUACUCUCUCUUCAGGUUCAGAACCAGGCCACCCACCUACACCUACUCUCUGUUCAGGUUCAGAACCAGGCCACCCACCUACACCUACUCUCUGUUCAGGUUCAGAACCAGGCCACCCACCUACUCUCUGUUCAGGUUCAGUGUGUUUGUUUGCUAUUAGCAGAAUGUUCUGACUGACACAAUGAACUAUAUGUCCUGUCGCCUUUCUGGCAAUGUUCUGCUUCGUGCUCUAGGACAUGAUGCUGUUGGUUCCUGUUGAACUGUUCUUCACGCCUCAGUAACCAGGUGUUCUGUGUCUCCUGUUCUACCACUGACUCUAUUUUACACCGUGGAAGUCUGUCUGUUCAGUGUGUGUCUGUAGACUGUUCAAGUCCACGUUGUAACUGUGUAUUGAUGUCAUCUAGCUGACCAGGUAGACAUUGCCCUCUUGCGGUGCCAGCAGCUGAGACUGUACAUCCUGAAGGCAGCCAGAGCGCUCCUCUCAUACCAGGACAAACUUCGACAGAUCCUCUCUCAGGCUGCCGUGCUAGACCUGCCACCCAACCCCAGCGGUAAGCACUGAUUCAGGGUCAGAUCUAACCCUAGCAGGGCUAGUCUGGUCCCCCUUGUGAGUGGAUAUAAUGAUAACUCGGAGAAAGAGUCUCUGUUGAAUGGUUGACGUUGUAGAUAUUUAUUGGGUGAUCUGAGGGUCCCCCGCCCUCAUCCUCCUCUCCCUCCCUCCCUCCCUCCCUCCCUCCCUCCCUCCCUCUCUUUACAGAGGAGUCUAUGGCCGUGUCUCCUGAUGUGGGUGACCUGUCUCCUGAGGGUCCUCUGCCCCCCCUUCUUCUUGUCCAGCAGCUGCUUUCUGCAGCAACACAGCCCUCACCUAUCAAGGCCAUCUUCGACAGGCAGGAACUGGAGGUAAGAACCCACGCUUUCACAGACACCAGGAUUUCCGUUAGCCAGUAAUUGACGGCUUUUGGCAAAAAAAAUUGUUGCUGGCCAAAUUGUCAGGGAGAAAGAAAAAAAAUCCCAUUUGCAAAAUAAUGCUUUUUAUUCAAAGGCAAAUAUAUAAUGAACAAAAAUAUAAAUGCAACAUGUAAAGGGUUGGUCCCAUGUUUCAUGAGCUGAAAUAAAAGAUCCCAGAAAUGUUCCAUAUGCACAAUUUCUUUACAUCCCUGUUGGUGAGCAUUUCUCCUUUGCCAAGAUAAUCCAUCCACCUGACAGCUGUGGCAUAUCAAGAAGCUGAUUAAACAGCAUGAUCAUUACACAGGUGCACCUUUGUAACAAAAAAUGCCACUAAAAUGUGCAGUUCUGUCACACAACACAAUGCCACUGAUGGAGCGUGCAAUCACCAGAGCUGUUGCAUGUUCAUGUUGUUUCCAUCUCUCUAGGCUGCAGCCCUGGCAGUGUGUCAGUACUGAUGAUGUUCCCAUCUCUCUAGGCUGCAGCCCUGGCAGUGUGUCAGUACUGAUGAUGUUUCCAUCUCUCUAGGCUGCAGCCCUGGCAGUGUGUCAGUACUGAUGAUGUUUCCAUCUCUCUAGUCUGCAGCCCUGGCAGUGUGUCAGUACUGAUGAUGUUUCCAUCUCUCUAGGCUGCAGCCCUGGCAGUGUGUCAGUACUGAUGAUGUUCCCAUCUCUCUAGGCUGCAGCCCUGGCAGUGUGUCAGUACUGAUGAUGUUUCCAUCUCUCUAGGCUGCAGCCCUGGCAGUGUGUCAGUACUGAUGAUGUUCCCAUCUCUCUAGGCUGCAGCCCUGGCAGUGUGUCAGUACUGAUGAUGUUCCCAUCUCUCUAGUCUGCAGCCCUGGCAGUGUGUCAGUACUGAUGAAGUUUCCAUCUCUCUAGGCUGCAGCCCUGGCAGUGUGUCAGUACUGAUGUUUCCAUCUCUCUAGGCUGCAGCCCUGGCAGUGUGUCAGUACUGAUGUUGUUCCCAUCUCUCUAGGCUGCAGCCCUGGCAGUGUGUCAGUACUGAUGAUGUUCCCAUCUCUCUAGGCUGCAGCCCUGGCAGUGUGUCAGUACUGAUGAUGUUUCCAUCUCUCUAGGCUGCAGCCCUGGCAGUGUGUCAGUACUGAUGAUGUUUCCAUCUCUCUAGGCUGCAGCCCUGGCAGUGUGUCAGUACUGAUGAAGUUUCCAUCUCUCUAGGCUGCAGCCCUGGCAGUGUGUCAGUACUGAUGUUUCCAUCUCUCUAGGCUGCAGCCCUGGCAGUGUGUCAGUACUGAUGAUGUUCCCAUCUCUCUAGGCUGCAGCCCUGGCAGUGUGUCAGUACUGAUGUUGUUUCCAUCUCUCUAGGCUGCAGCCCUGGCAGUGUGUCAGUACUGAUGAUGUUUCCAUCUCUCUAGGCUGCAGCCCUGGCAGUGUGUCAGUACUGAUGUUGUUUCCAUCUCUCUAGGCUGCAGCCCUGGCAGUGUGUCAGUACUGAUGAUGUUCCCAUCUCUCUAGGCUGCAGCCCUGGCAGUGUGUCAGUACUGAUGUUGUUUCCAUCUCUCUAGGCUGCAGCCCUGGCAGUGUGUCAGUACUGAUGUUCCCAUCUCUCUAGGCUGCAGCCCUGGCAGUGUGUCAGUACUGACGAUGUUUCCAUCUCUCUAGGCUGCAGCCCUGGCAGUGUGUCAGUACUGAUGAUGUUCCCAUCUCUCUAGGCUGCAGCCCUGGCAGUGUGUCAGUACUGACGAUGUUUCCAUCUCUCUAGGCUGCAGCCCUGGCAGUGUGUCAGUACUGAUGUUUCCAUCUCUCUAGUCUGCAGCCCUGGCAGUGUGUCAGUACUGACGAUGUUUCCAUCUCUCUAGGCUGCAGCCCUGGCAGUGUGUCAGUACUGAUGUUGUUCCCAUCUCUCUAGUCUGCAGCCCUGGCAGUGUGUCAGUACUGAUGAUGUUCCCAUCUCUCUAGGCUGCAGCCCUGGCAGUGUGUCAGUACUGAUGUUCCCAUCUCUCUAGGCUGCAGCCCUGGCAGUGUGUCAGUACUGAUGUUUCCAUCUCUCUAGGCUGCAGCCCUGGCAGUGUGUCAGUACUGAUGAUGUUCCCAUCUCUCUAGGCUGCAGCCCUGGCAGUGUGUCAGUACUGAUGUUGUUUCCAUCUCUCUAGUCUGCAGCCCUGGCAGUGUGUCAGUACUGAUGUUGUUUCCAUCUCUCUAGGCUGCAGCCCUGGCAGUGUGUCAGUACUGAUGUUGUUUCCAUCUCUCUAGGCUGCAGCCCUGGCAGUGUGUCAGUACUGACGAUGUUUCCAUCUCUCUAGGCUGCAGCCCUGGCAGUGUGUCAGUACUGACGAUGUUUCCAUCUCUCUAGGCUGCAGCCCUGGCAGUGUGUCAGUACUGACGAUGUUCCCAUCUCUCUAGGCUGCAGCCCUGGCAGUGUGUCAGUACUGACGAUGUUUCCAUCUCUCUAGGCUGCAGCCCUGGCAGUGUGUCAGUACUGAUGUUCCCAUCUCUCUAGGCUGCAGCCCUGGCAGUGUGUCAGUACUGAUGAUGUUCCCAUCUCUCUAGGCUGCAGCCCUGGCAGUGUGUCAGUACUGACGAUGUUUCCAUCUCUCUAGGCUGCAGCCCUGGCAGUGUGUCAGUACUGAUGUUGUUUCCAUCUCUCUAGGCUGCAGCCCUGGCAGUGUGUCAGUACUGAUGUUGUUUCCAUCUCUCUAGUCUGCAGCCCUGGCAGUGUGUCAGUACUGAUGUUGUUCCCAUCUCUCUAGUCUGCAGCCCUGGCAGUGUGUCAGUACUGAUGUUGUUUCCAUCUCUCUAGGCUGCAGCCCUGGCAGUGUGUCAGUACUGACGAUGUUUCCAUCUCUCUAGUCUGCAGCCCUGGCAGUGUGUCAGUACUGAUGUUGUUCCCAUCUCUCUAGGCUGCAGCCCUGGCAGUGUGUCAGUACUGAUGAUGUUUCCAUCUCUCUAGGCUGCAGCCCUGGCAGUGUGUCAGUACUGAUGUUGUUCCCAUCUCUCUAGUCUACAGCCCUGGCAGUGUGUCAGUACUGAUGUUGUUUCCAUCUCUCUAGGCUGCAGCCCUGGCAGUGUGUCAGUACUGAUGAUGUUCCCAUCUCUCUAGGCUGCAGCCCUGGCAGUGUGUCAGUACUGAUGUUGUUCCCAUCUCUCUAGUCUACAGCCCUGGCAGUGUGUCAGUACUGAUGUUGUUUCCAUCUCUCUAGGCUGCAGCCCUGGCAGUGUGUCAGUACUGAUGAUGUUCCCAUCUCUCUAGGCUGCAGCCCUGGCAGUGUGUCAGUACUGACGAUGUUCCCAUCUCUCUAGGCUGCAGCCCUGGCAGUGUGUCAGUACUGACGAUGUUUCCAUCUCUCUAGGCUGCAGCCCUGGCAGUGUGUCAGUACUGAUGUUGUUUCCAUCUCUCUAGUCUGCAGCCCUGGCAGUGUGUCAGUACUGACGAUGUUUCCAUCUCUCUAGUCUGCAGCCCUGGCAGUGUGUCAGUACUGAUGUUGUUUCCAUCUCUCUAGUCUGCAGCCCUGGCAGUGUGUCAGUACUGACGAUGUUUCCAUCUCUCUAGUCUGCAGCCCUGGCAGUGUGUCAGUACUGAUGUUGUUUCCAUCUCUCUAGGCUGCAGCCCUGGCAGUGUGUCAGUACUGAUGAUGUUCCCAUCUCUCUAGGCUGCAGCCCUGGCAGUGUGUCAGUACUGAUGUUGUUUCCAUCUCUCUAGUCUGCAGCCCUGGAAAUGUGUGUCAGUACUGAUGAUGUUCCCAUCUCUCUAGUCUGCAGCCCUGGCAGUGUGUCAGUACUGAUGUUGUUUCCAUCUCUCUAGGCUGCAGCCCUGGCAGUGUGUCAGUACUGAUGAUGUUCCCAUCUCUCUAGGCUGCAGCCCUGGCAGUGUGUCAGUACUGAUGUUGUUUCCAUCUCUCUAGUCUGCAGCCCUGGCAGUGUGUCAGUACUGACGAUGUUUCCAUCUCUCUAGUCUGCAGCCCUGGCAGUGUGUCAGUACUGAUGUUUUUUCCAUCUCUCUAGGCUGCAGCCCUGGCAGUGUGUCAGUACUGAUGAUGUUCCCAUCUCUCUAGGCUGCAGCCCUGGCAGUGUGUCAGUACUGACGAUGUUCCCAUCUCUCUAGGCUGCAGCCCUGGCAGUGUGUCAGUACUGAUGUUGUUUCCAUCUCUCUAGUCUGCAGCCCUGGCAGUGUGUCAGUACUGAUGUUGUUUCCAUCUCUCUAGGCUGCAGCCCUGGCAGUGUGUCAGUACUGAUGUUGUUUCCAUCUCUCUAGGCUGCAGCCCUGGCAGUGUGUCAGUACUGACGAUGUUUCCAUCUCUCUAGGCUGCAGCCCUGGCAGUGUGUCAGUACUGACGAUGUUCCCAUCUCUCUAGGCUGCAGCCCUGGCAGUGUGUCAGUACUGAUGUUGUUCCCAUCUCUCUAGGCUGCAGCCCUGGCAGUGUGUCAGUACUGACGAUGUUCCCAUCUCUCUAGGCUGCAGCCCUGGCAGUGUGUCAGUACUGACGAUGUUCCCAUCUCUCUAGGCUGCAGCCCUGGCAGUGUGUCAGUACUGAUGUUGUUCCCAUCUCUCUAGGCUGCAGCCCUGGCAGUGUGUCAGUACUGAUGUUGUUUCCAUCUCUCUAGUCUGCAGCCCUGGCAGUGUGUCAGUACUGAUGUUGUUCCCAUCUCUCUAGUCUGCAGCCCUGGCAGUGUGUCAGUACUGAUGUUGUUUCCAUCUCUCUAGGCUGCAGCCCUGGCAGUGUGUCAGUACUGACGAUGUUUCCAUCUCUCUAGUCUGCAGCCCUGGCAGUGUGUCAGUACUGAUGUUGUUCCCAUCUCUCUAGGCUGCAGCCCUGGCAGUGUGUCAGUACUGAUGAUGUUUCCAUCUCUCUAGGCUGCAGCCCUGGCAGUGUGUCAGUACUGAUGUUGUUCCCAUCUCUCUAGUCUACAGCCCUGGCAGUGUGUCAGUACUGAUGUUGUUUCCAUCUCUCUAGGCUGCAGCCCUGGCAGUGUGUCAGUACUGAUGAUGUUCCCAUCUCUCUAGGCUGCAGCCCUGGCAGUGUGUCAGUACUGAUGUUGUUCCCAUCUCUCUAGUCUACAGCCCUGGCAGUGUGUCAGUACUGAUGUUGUUUCCAUCUCUCUAGGCUGCAGCCCUGGCAGUGUGUCAGUACUGAUGUUGUUCCCAUCUCUCUAGGCUGCAGCCCUGGCAGUGUGUCAGUACUGAUGUUGUUUCCAUCUCUCUAGGCUGCAGCCCUGGCAGUGUGUCAGUACUGAUGUUCCCAUCUCUCUAGGCUGCAGCCCUGGCAGUGUGUCAGUACUGAUGAUGUUUCCAUCUCUCUAGGCUGCAGCCCUGGCAGUGUGUCAGUACUGAUGUUCCCAUCUCUCUAGGCUGCAGCCCUGGCAGUGUGUCAGUACUGACGAUGUUUCCAUCUCUCUAGGCUGCAGCCCUGGCAGUGUGUCAGUACUGAUGUUGUUUCCAUCUCUCUAGGCUGCAGCCCUGGCAGUGUGUCAGUACUGACGAUGUUCCCAUCUCUCUAGGCUGCAGCCCUGGCAGUGUGUCAGUACUGAUGUUGUUCCCAUCUCUCUAGGCUGCAGCCCUGGCAGUGUGUCAGUACUGAUGUUGUUCCCAUCUCUCUAGGCUGCAGCCCUGGCAGUGUGUCAGUACCUGGCGGUAGAGUCCACCCACCCCUCCUCCCCCCUGUUUGAAAGCAGCAGCUCCAGUGAGGCCACGACGCCUGUCACCGUGCAGCACGUUAAAGCCCCUACCCAGAAGAAGCAGAAGGCCUCUCCUGCCCCCCCGCUGCCCAUCGUUCUGCAGCUGAUGGAGAUGGGCUUCCACAGGAACAAUAUAGAGUUCUCCCUGAAGUCUCUGUCUGGGACCACCGGCAGCGCCUCUGGUGUACCAGGUACUGUUGUUAACACGGCGUGUGGAGCGUGUGGAGCGUGUGGGGCGUGUGGAGCGUGUGGUGCGUGUGGAGCGUGUGGGACGUGUGGAGCGUGUGGAGCGUGUGGGGCGUGUGGAGCGUGUGGGGCGUGUGGAGCGUGUGGGGCGUGUGGAGCGUGUGGGGCGUGUGGGGCGUGUGGAGCGUGUGGGGCGUGUUUGGCGUGUGGGGCGUGUGGGGCGUGUGGAGCGUGUGGAGCGUGUGGGGCGUGUGGAGCGUGUGGGGCGUGUGGGGCGUGUUUGGCGUGUGGGGCGUGUGGAGCGUGUAAUGGUGUGUACACAGCGAGCUCCAACAGCACUGGGACAGGGACACGUGUUGCUGUUUUGGCUCUGAACUCCAGCACGUUGGGUUUGAAAUGAUACGAUGACUAUAAGGUUAAAGGGCCCUACCUUUGAGCGCACUGUGUGUGAGUGUGUUCAUCUCCUGGUGGACUGGCUGCUAGACCACCCUGACAUUAAGGACACCUGCUCUUUCCAUGACAGGCUGUCCAGGUGAAUCCAGGUGAAAGCUAUGAUCCCUUAUUGAUGUCACUUGUUAAAUCCACUUCAAUCAGUGUAGAUGAAGGGGAGGAGACAGGUUAAAGAAGGAUUUUUAAGCCUUGAGACAAUUCAAAUCAAAUUUGAUUUGUCACAUACACGUGUUUAGCAGAUGUUAUAGCGGGUGUAGCGAAAUGCUUGUGCUUCUAGCUCCGACAGUACAGUAAUAUCUAACAAGUAAUAUCUAACAAUUUCACAACAUAUCCCCAAUACGAGGUCAGUACAGGUGCAAAGCUGGGACCGAGAGAAUGAAAAACAGCUUCUAUCUCAAGGCCAUCAGACUGUUAAACAGCCAACACUAGCACAUUAGAGGCUGCUGCCUAUUGAAAUCACUGGCCACUUUAAGAAAUGGAACACCAGUCACUUUAAUAAUGUUUCCAUAUCUUGCACUCCUCAUCUCAUAUGUAUAUACUGCAUUCUAUUCUAUAAUAUUCUACUGUAUCUUAGUCCAUGCCGCUCUGUCAUUGCUUGUCCAUAUAUGUAUAUAUUCUUAAAUCCCAUUCCUUACUUUUUUGUGUGUAUUGGGUAUAUGUUGUGAAAUUGUUAGAUAUUACUGCACUGUCGGAGCUAGAAGCACAAGCAUUUCGCUACACCCGCUAUAACAUCUGCUAAACACGUGUAUGUGACAAAUAACAUUUGAUUUGAUUUGAUUUGAAAUAACAGGUGUACCUUCUUAAAAGUUACUUUUUUGAAUGUAUUUCCUUAAUGCGUUUGAGCCAAUCAGUUGUGUUGUGACAAGGUAGGGGUGGUAUACAGAAGAUGGCCCUAUUUGGUAAAAGACCAAGUCCAUAUUAUGGCAAGAACAGCUCAAAUAAGCAAAGAGAAACAACAGUCCAUCAUUACUUUAAGACAUGAAGGUCAGUCAAUACGAAAAAUUUCAAGAACUUUGAAAGUUUCUUCAGGUGCAAUCGCAAAAACCAUCAAGCGCUAUGAUGAAACUGGCUCUCAUGAGGACCGCGACAGGAAUGGAAGACCCAGAGUUACCUCUGCUGCAGAGGAUAAGUUCAUUAGAGUUACCAGCCUCAGAAAUUGCAUCCCAAAUAAAUGCUUCACAGAGUUCAAGUAACAGACACAUCUCAACAUCAACUGUUCAGAGGAGACUGCAUGAAUCAGGCCUUCGUGGUCGAAUUGUUGCAAAGAAACCACUACUAAAAGGACACCAAUAAGAAGAAGAGACCUGCUUGGGCCAAGAAACACAAGCAAUGGACAUUAGAACGGUGGAAAUGUGUACUUUGGUCUGGAGUUCAAAUUGGAGAUUUUUGGUUCCAACCGCCGUGUCUUUGUGAGACGCUGUGUGGGUGAACGGAUGAUCUCCGCAUGUGUAGUUCCCACCGUGAAGCAUGGAGGAGGAGGUGUUAUGGUGUGGGGGUGCUUUGCUGGUGACACUGUCUGUGAUUUAUUUAGAAUUGAAGGCACACUUAACCAGCAUGGCUACCACAGCAUUCUGCAGCGAUACGCUAUCCCAUCUGAUAUAGGCUUAGUGGGACUAUCACUUGUUUUUCAACAGGACAAUGACCCAACACACCUCCAGGCUGUGUAAGGGCUAUUUUACCAAGAAGGAGAGUGAUGGAGUGCUGCAUCAGAUGACCUGGCCUCCACAAUCCCCCGUCCUCAACCCAAUUGAGAUGGUUUGGGAUGAGUCGGACCACAGAGCGAAGGAAAAGCAGCCAACAAGUGCUCAGCAUAUGUGGGAACUCCUGCAAGACUGUUGGAAAAGCAUUCCAGGUGAAGCUGGUUGAGAGAAUGCCAAGAGUGUGCAAAGCUGUCAUCAAGGCAAAGGGUGGCUAUUUGAAGAAUCUCAAAUAUAACAUAUAUUUUGAUUUGUUUAACACUUUUUUGUUUACAACAUGAUUCCAUAUGUGUUAUUUCAUAGUUUUGAUGUCUUCACUAUUAUUCUACAAUGUUGAAAAUAGUAGAAAAUAGUAAAAAUAAAGAAAAACCCUUGAAUGAGUAGGUGUGUCCAAACUUUUGACUGGUAGUGUGUGUGUGUGUGUGUGUGUGUGUGUGUGUGUAUAUACAUGGCAUAUUUGUAAAAGAGAUCUAGGUCACUGUUAAAUGAAAAAUAAAUGUAAAAAAAGUCAAGACAACAGAUUUAGGUGCCUUUUAACGGAGUAUUGUAGUAGGUGCCAGGCGCACCGGUUUGUGUCAAGAACUGCAACGCUGCUGGGUUUUUCACACUCAACAGUUUCCCGUGUGUGUCAAGAAUGGUCCACCACCCAAAGGACAUCCAGCCAACUUGACACAACUGUGGGAAGCAUUGGAGUCAACAUGGGCCAGCAUCCCUGUGGAACGCUUUUGACACCUUGUAGAGUCCGUGCCCCGACGAAUUGAGGCUGUUCUGAGGGUGAAAAGGAAGUGCAACUCAAUAUUAUAUAGGUGUUCCUAAUGUUUUGUACACCCAAUGUGUGUGUUUCUGUUAAUGUGGUACUGUAUCUGUGUGUGUUUGUAUCUAUAUUAAUGAAUGUGUCCUGGAGGUGUAAAGUCCCCGGGGGUCUGGUUGCUGGACAAUCCUGAUGUAUUAAUGUGUGUGUCUGUGUUAAUGUGUGUGUCUGUGUGUUAAUGGAACAAAUUGCAAAAAUCUCUGAAGCUGGAGACACUUAUCUCCCUCACUAACUUUAAGCAUCAGUUGUCAGAGCAGCUUACCGAUCACUGCACCUGUACACAGCCCAUCUGUAAUUAGCCCACCCAACUACCUCAUCCCCAUAUUGUUAUUUAUUUUGCACCCCAGUAUCUCUAUUUGCACAUCAUCUUCUGCACAUCUAUCAUUCCAGUGUUAAUGCUAAUUGUAAUUAUUUUGCACUAUGGCCUAUUUUAUUGCCUUACCUCCAUAACUUGCUAAAUUUGCACACACUGUAUAUUAUAUGUAUUUCUGUUGUAUUUUUGACUUUGUUUUGUUUUACCCCAUAUGUAACUCUGUGUUGUUGUUUUUAUUGCACUGCUUUGCUUUAUCUUGGCCAGGUCGCAGUUGUAAAUGAGAACUUGUUCUCAACUGGCUUACCUGGUUAAAUAAAGGUGAAAUAAAAAUAAAAUAUAAAAAAAUGUGUGUGUGUCUGUGUUAAUGUGUGUGUCUGUGUGUUAAUGUGUGUGUGUCUGUGUUAAUGUGUGUGUCUGUGUUAAUGUGUGUGUGUCUGUGGCCCAUGGGGCGGCGCACAAUUGGCCCAGCGUCGUCCAGGGUAUGGGAGGGAAUGGCCGGCAGGGAUGUAUCUCAGUUGGUAGAGCAUGGCGUUUGCAACGCCAGGGUUGUGGGUUCGAUUCCCACGGGGGGCCAGUAUGAAAAAAUAAAACAAUUAUGUAUGCACUCACUAACUGUAAGUCGCUCUGGAUAAGAGCGUCUGCUAAAUGGCUAAAAUGUAAAUGUAAUUAAUUUGUGUCUGUGUUAAUGUGUUAAAUCAAAUCAAAUCAAAUUUUAUUGGCCACAUGCGCCGAAUACAACAGGUGCAGACAUUACAGUGAAAUGCUUACUUACAGCCCUUAACCAACAGUGCAUUUAUUUUUAAUAAAAAAGUAAAAUAAAACAACAACAAAAAAGUGUUGAGAAAAAAAGAGCAGAAGUAAAAUAAAGUGACAGUAGGGAGGCUAUAUAUACAGUAAAAUAAAGUGACAGUAGGGAGGCUAUAUAUACAGUAAAAUAAAGUGACAGUAGGGAGGCUAUAUAUACAGGGGGGUACUGGUGCAGAGUCAAUGUGCGGGGGCACCGGCUAGUUGAGGUAAUAUGUACAUGUGGGUGGAGUUAAAGUGACUAUGCGUAAAUAAUUGAAUGUGUGUGUCUGUGUGUUAAUAUGUUAAGUGUGUGUGUUAAUGUGUGUGUCUGUGUGUUAAUAUGUUAAGUGUGUGUGUUAAUGUGUGUGUCUGUGUUGUCUUUUAGGUGUGGAGUCUCUAGUGGCCUGGUUGCUGGACCAUCCUGAUGUCCAGGUGACGGAGCUGUCUGAUGCUGACACGGUGUCUGAUGAGUACUCUGAGGAGGAGCUGGAGGAGGAGCUGGAGGAGGAGCUAGAGGAGGAGCCUCCCACAGCCUUCCCCGUGGUACGUUUACCUGUCACCUGGCUGCAGACCCAGCUAAUGCACCCCUACCUGGCUGCAGACCCAGCUAAUGCACCCCUACCUGGCUGCAGACCCAGCUAAUGCACCCCUACCUGCCUAGGUUACCCCUACGACCUACCUGGUCAGCCAUUACUGCUGAACCAAUGAGACUAGGAAUCACCCAUGGAUCUUUUAUCAUGUGUAGUUACUAAUGUUGGAACUCAACCUGGAACUUUCACAUGUUAGAUGAAUGAAUUGAUCUAUUUUACAUCUCUCUCUGUGUGUCCUCAGCCUCCUGGUGCAGUGGUGACGGAGACUCAGACCUUUAAGAACAGAUCAGAUUUCCAGAGCAACGAUGACUAUGCUGUCUACAUCAGAGAGAACAUUCAGGUAAGACUGCUGUCUACAUCAGAGAGAACAUUCAGGUAAGACUGCUGUUUACAUCAGAGAGAACAUUCAGGUAAGACUGCUGUUUACAUCAGAGAGAACAUUCAGGUAAGACUGCUGUCUACAUCAGAGAGAACAUUCAGGUAAGACUGCUGUUUAUAUCAGAGAGAACAUUCAGGUAAGACUGCUGUCUACAUCAGAGAGAACAUUCAGGUAAGACUGCUGUUUAUAUCAGAGAGAACAUUCAGGUAAGACUGCUGUUUAUAUCAGAGAGAACAUUCAGGUAAGACUGCUGUCUACAUCAGAGAGAACAUUCAGGUAAGACUGCUGUUUACAUCAGAGAGAACAUUCAGGUAAGACUGCUGUCUACAUCAGAGAGAACAUUCAGGUAAGACUGCUGUUUAUAUCAGAGAGAACAUUCAGGUAAGACUGCUGUUUAUAUCAGAGAGAACAUUCAGGUAAGACUGCUGUUUAUAUCAGAGAGAACAUUCAGGUAAGACUGCUUACAUUCAGUUAAGGCUGGUGGUCCUCUGUAGCUCAAUUGGUAGAGCAUGGCGCUUGUAACUCCAGGGUAGUGGGUUCGAUCCCAGGGACCACCCAUACGUAAAAAUGUAUGCACGCAUGACUGUAAGUCGCUUUGGAUAAAAGCGUCUGCUAAAUGGCAUAUUAUUUAUUUAUUAUUAUUUACUGCUGUUUACAGUGCCUUCAAACAGUAUUUAUACCCCUUGACUUAUUCCACAUUUUGUUGUGUUACAGCCUGAAUUUAAAAUGGAUAAAAUAUAUAUUUUCCUCACCCAUCUACACACAAUACCCCAUAACGACAAAGUGAAAACAUGUUUUUAGAAUUUUACCUGUGGCCAACUCAAUUGUUUGGACAUGAUUUAGAAAGAAACACACCUGUCUAUAUAAAGGUCCCACAAAGAUUCGGUGGUCUGAUGAGACAAAAUGUGAACUCUUUGGCCUGAAUUGCAAAGCGCUAUGUCUGGAGAAAACCAGGCACAGCUCAUCACCUGUCUAACACCAUCCCUACCGUGAAGCAUGGUGGUGGCAGCAUCAUGCUAUGGGGAUGCUUUUCAGCGGCAGGGACUGGGAGACUGGUAAGGAUAGAGGGAACAAUGAAUGGAGCCAAAUACAGGUAAAUCCUUGAUGAGAACCUGCUUCAGAGUGCAAACAACCUUUAGACUGGGGUGAAGAUUUACAUUCCAACAGGACAAUGUGACCCCAAGCAUAUAGCCAAAAGCAACGCUGGAAUGGCUUCAGAACCAGAUUGUGAAAGUCCUUGAGUGGCCCAACCAAACCCCAUUGAGUGGCCCAGCCAAAGCCCCUUGAGUGGCCCAGCCAACGCCCAUUGAAAAUCUGUGGAAAGACAAACAUUUCUGUCCACCGCUGCUCCCCGUCUAAUUUAAGAGCUUGAGAAAAUCUGCAAGGAAGAAUGGGAGAAAAUCCCCAAAUCCAAAGCUGAUCCAGACAUACCCAAGACGACUCAAAGCCAUAAUCACCACCAAAGGUGCUUCUACAAAGUAUUAUAUUUUUACAUUUUAGUCAUUUAGCAGACGCUCUUAUCCAGUGCGACUUACAGGAGCAAUUAGGGUUAAGUGCCUUGCUCAAGAGCACAUCGACAGAUUUUUCACCUAGUCAGCUCGGAGAUUAGAACCAGCAACCUUUCGGUUACUGGCACAACGCUCUUAACCACUAAGCUACCUGCUGCCCCAUUGACUCAGGAGUGUAAAUAAUUAUAUAAAUGUAUUUAAAUUUUCAAUUAAUUUGCAAAAAUGUGUAAAAACAUGUUUUGACUUUGUCAUUAUGGGGUAUUGUGUGUAGAGGAUGGGUGAGGGGGGAAAAAGUAUAUAAUAAUAAUAAUAAUUAUAAUAAUUAUAAUAUAAUAAUAAUAAUAAUAAUAUGCCAUUUAGCAGACGCUUUUAUCCAAAGUGACUUACAGUCAUGUGUGCAUAAAUUUUUACGUAUGGGUGGUCCCGGGGAUCGAACCCACUACCCUUGGCGUUACAAGCGCCGUGCUCUACCAGCUGAGCUACAGAGGACCACAUUUUUAAUUCAGGCUGUAAUACAACAAAAUGUGGAAUACGUCCAGGGGUGUGAAUACGUCCAGGGGUGUGAAUACGUCCAGGGGUGUGAAUACGUCCAGGGGUGUGAAUACUGUCACUGUAAGUCAGAGAGAACAUCCAGUCUUAAUGAAAGAGACAUAAUCAUUUAAAUGCACCAAAUAUAAUAGCACCCUAUUCCCUAUAUAGUGCACUACUUUAGACCAGAGAAUGGCACCCUAUUCCCUAUAUAGUGCACUACUUUAGACCAGAGAAUGGCACCCUAUUCCCUAUAUAGUGCACUACUUUAGACCAGAGAAUGGCACCCUAUUCCCUAUAUAGUGCUCUACUUUAGACCAGAGAAUGGUACCCUAUUCCCUAUAUAGUGCACUACUUUAGACCAGAGAAUGGCACCCUAUUCUCUAUAUAGUGCACUACUUUAGACCGGGAGCCCUGUCUCUAUCUAGGGGUUAGGGUGUUAAAUGCAUCAGAGAGGGUAUGUGUCUUAUUGACCUCUAACUUCUGCCCCCUGACCUCUGUGUAGGUGGGUAUGAAGGUGAAGUGCUGUAGAACGUAUGAGGAAGUGUUCGAGUUAUUGACCCCUGUAACGUUCCCCAGCAAGAAAACAAAAAAUGUCACUCAAACAGAAGGGGGAACUAACAAAGAACCAAAAACCAAAAUAAAACAGGUGGGGUUUUAGGAGGGGUUCUGAAAGACACUCAUGGGGUGUCCACUGGAGGUUGACUAGCAACAACCACUGGGCCCUAAAAGACACCCACCAUGAGACCCACUGAAUCUGCCCAAGAAGAGGCAAACAACAGAAAACCCCCAAACUGAAAGACAGGAAGCAAACCACACAGUGGAGCAAAAUGAAAACAGGGAAAUCAGAUUAAGGAUUUUGUCUAGAAAUGAAAUAUAUCAAGACAACUAAAGGUGUUAACCCUCCACAUCUAUCAAGACAACUAAAGGUGUUAACCCUCCACAUCUAUCAAGACAACUGGAGCACUGGGCCAGCCACUCUUAAAUAUCACCUGGGCCAGCACAGGUGUAACACCUUCCCACUAACGAGAUGACAAACCAGCACAGGUGUAACACAUACUGACUAACGAGGUGAUACCAAUCGGUGCGCCCCACGUGCUAACGAGCUGUACGUGCUAAAGUCCAACCUCAAAACAUAAAUGGAAAAACCAAAACCUGUAACAACCCCUGACUUCUGUGUGUAGAUUGUCAUUUUUGUGUUUGAGACCACCUAAAGCAAGACCAAUUCAAGACCAAGACCGGAGCAAAUCGAGUCCAAGUCAAGACCAAGACCGGGAGGGGGACCGAGUCAAGACCGAUACCAGUAAAAAAGCGAGUCCAAUUCAAGACCAUGAUUGUAAUUUUGUCCAGUAUUUCUGUGUUCAUAUUUCAGAAGAACAUAUGGAUUCUUUAGACAAUUAGAAUGGUGAACAAAAUGCAUGCUGAGUGCAAAUAGCCACUCUACUAAUGAUUACUGCUGGUCCUCUGUAGCUCAGCUGGUAGAGCACGGCGCUUGUAACGCCAAGGUAGUCGGUUCGAUCCCCGGGACCACCCAUACACAAAAAAAUGUUAUGCACACAUGACUGUAAGUCGCUUUGGAUAAAAGCGUCUGCUAAAUGGCAUAUUAUUAUUAUUAUUAUUAUUAUUAUUAUUAUUACUAACCCAAACACAGGGGGGAACGAUGAGGGACUUCUACACCUUCAGAGAAGGUCUAAGGAUAUUUAAAAUAAUAAGAAUUCUAAUUUUCUGAUUUUAAAAAGAUCCAGUCAGGAUUUUUCUUUGGUCGUCUCUGGGGAGAUAAAUCUAGCUAGCUAAGUCAGCCAUUGGCUAGGCCAUCAGAAGCUAGAUAGUGUGACGAGUACUGAGGAUACGAAGAGGCAGGAAUUAACAAUGUAAAGGUUUACUUGACACUGAGCAGGAGAACAACAAAGAGCGAGUACACGACAAGACACUAACAAUCACACACAACACAACACUGAACAGUCCAGGGCUAAAUAGGGGUGGUGAUGAGAUGAUGAGGUGCAGGUGCGCUGGAGGUGAUUAGGGUGCGUUGGUUUUUCAUUCCGGUGUUGCCGAGGUGGUGCGCUCAGACCGGUGGCUCAGUAGACCGGUGAAUCAGAGCGCUGGAGGGGAGCAACGGGAGGAGACGUGACAGAUAGAAGGCAUCUGCCAUUCAACUGUAUUAGGGCAACAUUUUGGAGUGACAGUGGAAUCAACCAAUCACAUUUUGACUUGUAAUGGGUGGGACCGUUUUUACAAAAAGACGUAUGGAAACUUCUGCCUUCUCAAAGGCCAAGAGGUCACUGCGCAAUAGUGAGCAGUAGUUUUCCCAUGGUCUAGCUAGCUAGCUUUGGUUGUUGGCUAGUUUGCAGCGGCUGUAGCAGGUGUUAUCGAAGAGGAUGUUGUAGGGUAGUUUGCAGCGGCUGUAGCAGGUGUUAUCGAAGAGGAUGUUGUAGGGUAGUUUGCAGCGGCUGUAGCAGGUGUUAUCGAAGAGGAUGUUGUUGGCUAGUUUGCAGCGGCUGCAGCAGGUGUUAUCGAAGAUGUUGUUGUUGCUAAUUUGUUAGCUUCUCCCUUUUGAAGAAUAAGUUUCAGGGUCACAGACUGUUUCUUGGUAGUCUUCAACAUCUACUUUGAAACAAAUGUACACACCUCACACAUGGUUAUGGGCUUUAAAAAAUGGCACCUGUACCAUGUCAGAUAUAGAGUUGAAAUGUAUAAAAUAUUUUUUUUGCGUUAUUACACUUUAUAUAAAUCACAGAAAACUGAUCAAAUCCGGUGUUUUUGUUAACAAAACUGUUUGACAUAGAAACACCGGAUUUCUGUCCCCCCCCCCCCCCCAAAAAAAAUAACAGGGUAUUAUGAAAUUAUGAUACAUAUUUAUAACAUUCCACACAUGAGGCCAAAGAGGGCGCUUUUGUUUAUUGACUGCAGGAAAGCGUUGUUUCAAAUUGUGUGUUUUUUGUAAUAAUAAUGUAUUUCUUCUUUGUUUUUGCUCAGUCUGAAGUGUAUUUAACCUCUGACCUCUAAUCCCUGACCUCUGUGUAGGCUGGGCAUGAUGGUGAAGUGCUGUAGAACGUAUGAGGAAGUGUGUUUAACCUCUGACCCCUAACCCCUGACCUCUGUGUAGGCUGGGCAUGAUGGUGAAGUGCUGUAGAACGUAUGAGGAAGUGUGUUUAACCUCUGACCCCUAUGUACCGUAGGUGGGCAUGAUGGUGAAGUGCUGUAGAACGUAUGAGGAAGUGUGUUUAACCUCUGACCCCUAUGUACCGUAGGUGGGCAUGAUGGUGAAGUGCUGUAGAACGUAUGAGGAAGUGUGUUUUACCUCUGACCCCUAUGUACCGUAGGUGGGCAUGAUGGUGAAGUGCUGUAGAACGUAUGAGGAAGUGUACGAGGGAGACGUUGGGAAGGUGAUAAAGCUGGACAGAGAUGGCCUCCAUGACCUGAAUGUCCAGUGUGACUGGCAGCAGAAAGGCGGGACCUACUGGGUCCGCUACAUACACACUGAACUACUAGGUAAGAUUGAUGCUUUGCUUUGUCUGAAGACAUAACUGAAUGUAACCCUAAUGGAAGAUGAUUUUAUGAUGUAGAAUCUGUUGCCUGAUUCAUCAGGAGCGUGUUGAUAUGAAUGUUAACGGUUUUCUCUCUUCCCCCGGUCUUGCUCCAGGCUUCCCACCACAGACCUCUCCAUCCCACAUUAAGAUCGGGGACAAAGUGAGAGUGAAGUCUACCGUCACGACGCCAAAGUACAAAUGGGGCUCCGUCACUCACAGGAGUGUGGGAGUGGUCAAGGGUAAGUCUCUAGUUUUGGCAUUUAGUUCUCUAGCUGUAUUUAAGGGCCAAACACCUCUUGGUCUGUGCUACUGACUUCUUUCAGGUUGUUAUUUUAAACGAGAAUAUGCCCUCCGUUAUCUACCAAAUGUUAACUAUGGUCCUGUCCUGUGUUGUGUUCAGCUUUCAGUGCCAAUGGGAAGGAUGUGAUUGUGGACUUCAGUCAGCAAUCUCACUGGACCGGUCUGCUGUCUGAGAUGGAGCUGGUGCCCAGUGUCCACCCUGGAGUCCGGUAGGGAUACGUUACAUUUGUUUAAUAUAUGUUUUAUUUUACCAUUAUUUUUACCAUGCAGGUCAAUUAAGAACACGAUGGCCUCAAUACCAUCGUGGCGGCAGGUAGCUUAGUGGUUAAGAGCGUUGUGCCAGUAAUCGAAAGGUCGCUGGUUCUAAUCCCCGAGCCGACUAGGUGAAAAAUCUGUCUGUGCCCUUGAGCAAGGCACUUAACCCUAAUUGCUCCUGUAAGUCGCUCUGGAUAAGAGCGUCUGCUAAAUGACUAAAAAUUUAAAAAAUUUAAAUACAGUUCACAAUGAUAUUACCCAAGUAUCAAUGGACCAAUCAAUCAAUCGACCAAUCAUUCAAUCAAUCAAUGAAUGUUUUAACCCACAUCCAGUCAUAAUGGUCACCUCUGUUCCUGCAGGUGUGAUGGCUGUCAGAUGUUCCCUAUCAACGGCCCCAGGUUCAAAUGUAGAAACUGUGACGACUUUGACUUCUGUGAGAGGUGCUUCAAAACACGGCAACACAACACCAGGCACUCCUUUGGACGCAUCAAUGAACCAGGUGAGUUACACACUCCUGUUAUUCAUCGAGAUUUGAUCUGAAUUUCUUUUUCGACAUCAAACCAAACUACUUCUCACUAAAAACAUAGUUUCGUGUUUAAUACUUUAAAGUGCAGUUUCCCGGACAAUUAGUAAACCUGGUCCUGGACUAAAAUGUUAUUUCAAUAGAGAAUCUCUUUUUAGUUGAGGACUAAAUUUAAUCUGCUUUUUUAUGUGUAUGUAGUGUUAAUCUCUAGUCUUUCUGCCUCCCAGGCCAGUAAUGUUAAUCUCUAGUCUGUCUGCCUCCCAGGCCAGUAAUGUUAAUCUCUAGUAUGUCUGCCUCCCAGGCCAGUAAUGUUAAUCUCUAGUAUGUCUGCCUCCCAGGCCAGUAAUGUUAAUCUCUGGUCUGUCUGCCUCCCAGGCCAGUAAUGUUAAUCUCUAGUCUGUCUGCCUCCCAGGCCAGUAAUGUUAAUCUCUAGUCUGUCUGCCUCCCAGGCCAGUAAUGUUAAUCUCUAGUAUGUCUGCCUCCCAGGCCAGUAAUGUUAAUCUCUAGUAUGUCUGCCUCCCAGGCCAGUAAUGUUAAUCUCUAGUCUGUCUGCCUCCCAGGCCAGUAAUGUUAAUCUCUGUCUGUUCUCCUCCAGGCCAGUAGUGUUAAUUUCUGUCUGUUCUCCUCCAGGCCAGUAAUGUUAAUCUCUGUCUGUUCUCCUCCAGGCCAGUAAUGUUAAUCUCUGUCUGUUCUCCUCCAGGCCAGUAGUGUUAAUUUCUGUCUGUUCUCCUCCAGGCCAGUAAUGUUAAUCUCUGUCUGUUCUCCUCCAGGCCAGUAGUGUUAAUCUCUGUCUGUUCUCCUCCAGGCCAGUAAUGUUAAUCUCUGUCUGUUCUCCUCCAGGCCAGUAAUGUUAAUCUCUGUCUGUUCUCCUCCAGGCCAGUAAUGUUAAUCUCUGUCUGUUCUCCUCCAGGCCAGUAGUGUUAAUCUCUGUCUGUUCUCCUCCAGGCCAGUAAUGUUAAUCUCUGUCUGUUCUCCUCCAGGCCAGUAAUGUUAAUCUCUGUCUGUUCUCCUCCAGGCCAGUAAUGUUAAUCUCUGUCUGUUCUCCUCCAGGCCAGGCCAGUAAUGUUAAUCUCUGUCUGUUCUCCUCCAGGCCAGUAAUGUUAAUCUCUGUCUGUUCUCCUCCAGGCCAGUAAUGUUAAUUUCUGUCUGUUCUCCUCCAGGCCAGUAAUGUUAAUCUCUGUCUGUUCUCCUCCAGGCCAGUAAUGUUAAUUUCUGUCUGUUCUCCUCCAGGCCAGUAAUGUUAAUUUCUGUCUGUUCUCCUCCAGGCCAGUCUCCAGCGUUCUGUGGGCGCUCAGGGAAGCAGUUGAAGCGUCACCACAGCAACCAGAGGGGCAUGCUGGUAGAUGAGUGGUCUAGAGCCGUCAAGAGCCUUAACGUGUCGUCGUCUGUUAACCAGGCAUCACGCCUCAUCGACUGUAGUGAGCUCUGCUGGCAGUCCUCUGGGUCACAGGGAAAGGUGAGAGGCUUUGGGACCGUAUUAAAACACAUUCAGACACUCAAGCAAAACACCAGCCAAAACAUCUGAUAUUGCUAUGCUGCUGUUUUCCUAUCUAUUUUAUUUAAAUCAUAGUUUGUUUAAUAAAAUACCUUGAUGAAGCCUUGUAGAUGCAGGUUGUGUUAGUGGAGGCAGGUUGGAGGCAGGUUGGAGGCAGGUUGUAUUAGUGGGGGCAGGUUGGAGGCAGGUUGUAUUAGUGGAGGCAGGUUGUAUUAGUGGAGGCAGGUUGGAGGCAGGUUGUAUUAGUGGAGGCAGGUUGUAUUAGUGGAGGCAGGUUGUAUUAGUGGAGGCAGGUUGGAGGCAGGUUGUGUUAGUGGAGGCAGGUUGGAGGCAGGUUGUAUUAGUGGAGGCAGGUUGUAUUAGUGGAGGCAGGUUGUAUUAGUGGAGGCAGGUUGUGUUAGUGGAGGCAGGUUGUGUUAGUGGAGGCAGGUUGGAGGCAGGUUGUAUUAGUGGGGGCAGGCUGGAGGCAGGUUGGAGGCAGGUUGUAUUAGUGGAGGCAGGUUGUAUUAGUGGAGGCAGGUUGUGUUAGUGGAGGCAGGUUGGAGGCAGGUUGUAUUAGUGGAGGCAGGUUGUAUUAGUGGAGGCAGGUUGUGUUAGUGGAGGCAGGUUGUGUUAGUGGAGGCAGGUUGUGUUAGUGGAGGCAGGUUGUAUUAGUGGAGGCAGGUUGUGUUAGUGGAGGCAGGUUGUGUUAGUGGAGGCAGGUUGUAUUAGUGGAGGCAGGUUGUGUUAGUGGAGGCAGGUUGUGUUAGUGGAGGCAGGUUGGAGGCAGGUUGUAUUAGUGGAGGCAGGUUGUAUUAGUGGAGGCAGGUUGUAUUAGUGGAGGCAGGUUGUGUUAGUGGAGGCAGGUUGUGUUAGUGGAGGCAGGUUGUGUUAGUGGAGGCAGGUUGGAGGCAGGUUGUAUUAGUGGAGGCAGGUUGUAUUAGUGGAGAUAGGUUGUAUUAGUGGAGGCAGGUUGUAUUAGUGGAGGCAGGUUGGAGGCAGGUUGUAUUAGUGGAGGCAGGUUGGAGGCAGGUUGUGUUAGUGGAGGCAGGUUGGAGGCAGGUUGUAUUAGUGGAGGCAGGUUGUAUUAGUGGAGGCAGGUUGUAUUAGUGGAGGCAGGUUGUAUUAGUGGAGGCAGGUUGUGUUAGUGGAGGCAGGUUGUGUUAGUGGAGGCAGGUUGUAUUAGUGGAGGCAGGUUGUGUUAGUGGAGGCAGGUUGGAGGCAGGUUGUAUUAGUGGAGGCAGUUUGUAUUAGUGGAGGCAGGUUGUAUUAGUGGAGGCAGGUUGUAUUAGUGGAGGCAGGUUGUAUUAGUGGAGGCAGGUUGGAGGCAGGUUGUGUUAGUGGAGGCAGGUUGUAUUAGUGGAGGCAGGUUGUAUUAGUGGAGGCAGGUUGUGUUAGUGGAGGCAGGUUGUAUUAGUGGAGGCAGGUUGUAUUAGUGGAGGCAGGUUGUGUUAGAGGAGGCAGGUUGUGUUAGUGGAGGCAGGUUGUAUUAGUGGAGGCAGGUUGUAUUAGUGGAGGCAGGUUGUGUUAGUGGAGGCAGGUUGUGUUAGUGGAGGCAGGUUGUAUUAGUGGAGGCAGGUUGUAUUAGUGGAGGCAGGUUGUAUUAGUGGAGGCAGGUUGUAUUAGUGGAGGCAGGUUGUGUUAGUGGAGGCAGGUUGGAGGCAGGUUGUAUUAGUGGAGGCAGGUUGUAUUAGUGGAGGCAGGUUGUGUUAGUGGAGGCAGGUUGGAGGGCAGGUUGUAUAGUAGGUGGUAGGCAGGUUGUAUUAGUGGAGGCAGGUUGUAUUAGUGGAGGCAGGUUGUAUUAGUGGAGGCAGGUUGGAGUGGAGGCAGGUUGUAUUAGUGGAGGCAGGUUGUGUUAGUGGAGGCAGGUUGUAUUAGUGGAGGCAGGUUGUAUUAGUGGAGGCAGGUUGUUUAUUAGUGGAGGCAGGUUGAGGAGGGUUGUAUUAGUGGAGGCAGGUUGGAGGCAGGUUGUAUUAGUGGAGGAGGCAGGUUGUGUUAGUGGAGGCAGGUUGUAUUAGUGGAGGCAGGUUGUAUUAGUGGAGGCAGGUUGUAUUAGUGGAGGCAGGUUGGAUGGAGGCAGGUUGUAUUAGUGGAGGGAGCAGGUUGUGAUUGUGGAGGCAGGUUGUAUUAGUGGAGGCAGGUUGUAUUAGUGGAGGCAGGUUGUGUUAGUGGAGGCAGGUUGUGUGUUAGUGGAGGCAGGUUGUGUUAGUGGAGGCAGGUUGGAGGCAGGUUGUAUUAGUGGAGGCAGGUUGUGUUAGUGGAGGCAGGUUGUGUUAGUGGAGGCAGGUUGUGUUUUGUGGAGGCAGGUUGUGUUAGUGGAGGCAGGUUGUGUUAGUGGAGGCAGGUUGAGGGAGGGUUUGUGUUAGUGGAGGCAGGUUGUAUUAGUGGAGGCAGGUUGUAUUAGUGGAGCAGGUUGUAUUAGUGGAGGCAGGUUGUGUUAGUGGAGGCAGGUUUGUUUGGAGUGGAGGCAGGUUGUAUUAGUGGAGGCAGGUUGUGAGUAGGUGGGGAGGGCAGGUUGUAUUAGUGGAGUAGGUUGUAUUAGUGGAGGCAGGUUGUGUUAGUGGAGGCAGGUUGUUUAGUGGAGGCAGGUUGUAUUAGUGGAGGCAGGUUUGUAUUAGUGGAGGCAGGUUGGAGGCAGGUUGUAUUAGUGGAGGCAGGUUGGAGGCAGGUUUGUGUUAGUGGAGGCAGGUUGGAGGCAGGUUGUAUUAGUGGAGGCAGGUUGUAUUAGUGGAGGCAGGUUGUGUUAGUGGAGGCAGGUUGUGUUAGUGGAGGCAGGUUGUAUUAGUGGAGGCAGGUUGUGUUAGUGGAGGCAGGUUGUAUUAGUGGAGGCAGGUUGUAUUAGUGGAGGCAGGUUGUGUUAGUGGAGGCAGGUUGUGUUAGUGGAGGCAGGUUGUAUUAGUGGAGGCAGGUUGUAUUAGUGGAGGCAGGUUGUAUUAGUGGAGGCAGGUUGUAUUAGUGGAGGCAGGUUGUGUUAGUGGAGGCAGGUUGGAGGCAGGUUGUAUUAGUGGAGGCAGGUUGUAUUAGUGGAGGCAGGUUGUGUUAGUGGAGGCAGGUUGGAGGCAGGUUGUAUUAGUGGAGGCAGGUUGUAUUAGUGGAGGCAGGUUGUAUUAGUGGAGGCAGGUUGUAUUAGUGGAGGCAGGUUGGAUGGAGGCAGGUUGUAUUAGUGGAGGCAGGUUGUGUUAGUGGAGGCAGGUUGUGUUAGUGGAGGCAGGUUGUAUUAGUGGAGGCAGGUUGUAUUAGUGGAGGCAGGUUGUAUUAGUGGAGGCAGGUUGGAGGCAGGUUGUAUUAGUGGAGGCAGGUUGGAGGCAGGUUGUAUUAGUGGAGGCAGGUUGUGUUAGUGGAGGCAGGUUGUAUUAGUGGAGGCAGGUUGUAUUAGUGGAGGCAGGUUGUAUUAGUGGAGGCAGGUUGGAUGGAGGCAGGUUGUAUUAGUGGAGGCAGGUUGUGUUAGUGGAGGCAGGUUGUAUUAGUGGAGGCAGGUUGUAUUAGUGGAGGCAGGUUGUGUUAGUGGAGGCAGGUUGUGUUAGUGGAGGCAGGUUGUGUUAGUGGAGGCAGGUUGGAGGCAGGUUGUAUUAGUGGAGGCAGGUUGUGUUAGUGGAGGCAGGUUGUGUUAGUGGAGGCAGGUUGUGUUAGUGGAGGCAGGUUGUGUUAGUGGAGGCAGGUUGUGUUAGUGGAGGCAGGUUGGAGGCAGGUUGUGUUAGUGGAGGCAGGUUGUAUUAGUGGAGGCAGGUUGUAUUAGUGGAGAUAGGUUGUAUUAGUGGAGGCAGGUUGUGUUAGUGGAGGCAGGUUGUGUUAGUGGAGGCAGGUUGUAUUAGUGGAGGCAGGUUGUAUUAGUGGAGGCAGGUUGUAUUAGUGGAGAUAGGUUGUAUUAGUGGAGGCAGGUUGUGUUAGUGGAGGCAGGUUGUAUUAGUGGAGGCAGGUUGUAUUAGUGGAGGCAGGUUGGAGGCAGGUUGUAUUAGUGGAGGCAGGUUGGAGGCAGGUUGUGUUAGUGGAGGCAGGUUGGAGGCAGGUUGUAUUAGUGGAGGCAGGUUGUAUUAGUGGAGGCAGGUUGUGUUAGUGGGGCAGGUUAGGCAGGGUUGGUAUUAGUGGAGGAGGUUGUGUUAGUGGAGGCAGGUUGGAGGCAGGUUGUAUUAGUGGAGCAGGUUUGUAUUAGUGGAGGCAGGUUGUAUUAGUGGAGGCAGGUUGUAUUAGUGGAGGCAGGUGUAUUAGUGGAGGCAGGUUGGAGGCAGGUUGUGUUAGUGGAGGCAGGUUGUAUUAGUGGAGGCAGGUUGUAUUAGUGGAGGCAGGUUGUGUUAGUGGAGGCAAGGUUGUAUUAGUGGAGCAGGUUGGUGUGUAGUGGAGGCCAGGUUGUGUUAGUGGAGGCAGGUUGUGUUAGUGGAGGCAGGGUUGUAUUAGUGGAGGCAGGUUGUGUAGUGGAGGCAGGUUGGAGGCAGGUUGUAUUAGUGGAGGCCAGGUGUAUUAGUGGAGGCAGGUUGUAAUAGUGGGAAGGAGCAGGUUGUAUUAGUGGAGGGCAGGGGUUGUAUUAGUGGAGGCAGGUUGUAUUAGUGGAGGCAGGUUGUGUUAGUGGAGGCAGGUUGUAUUAGUGGAGGCAGGUUGUGUUAGUGGAGGCAGGUUGUAUUAGUGGAGGCAGGUUGUUUAGUGGAGGCAGGUUGUUUAGUGGAGGCAGGUUGUUAGUGGAGGCAGGUUGUUAGUGGAGGCAGGUUGAGGCAGGUUGUAUUAGUGGGGCAGGCUGGAGGCAGUGUGUUGUGGAGGCAGGUUGUAUUAGUGGAGGCAGGUUGUUUAGUGGAGGCAGGUUGAUUAGUGGAGCAGGUUGUAUUAGUGGAGGCAGGUUGUUAGUGGAGGCAGGUUGUAUAGGAGCGUUGGAGGCAGUUGUAUAGUGGAGGCAGUGAGGCAGUUGUGUUAGUGGAGGCAGGUGUAUUAGUGGAGGCAGGUGUUAGUGGAGGCAGUUGAUGUGAGCAGUUGGAGGCAGUUGUGUUAGUGGAGGCAGGGUUAGUGAGGCAGGUUGUGUUAGUGGAGGCAGGUUGGAGGCAGGUUGUGUUAGUGGAGGCAGGUUGUGUUAGUGGAGGCAGGUUGUGUUAGUGGAGGCAGGUUGUAUUAGUGGAGGCAGGUUGUGUUAGUGGAGGCAGGUUGGAGGCAGGUUGUGUUAGUGGAGGCAGGUUGUAUUAGUGGAGGCAGGUUGUGUUAGUGGAGGCAGGUUCUAUUAGUGGAGGCAGGUUGUAUUAGUGGUCUGACCAUGUCUGUCUCUCUGUCUGCAGCACUGGAUCCGUUUGCAGCUGUUAUCUGAUGUCUUGGUCCACAGGCUGAAGAUGAUGGUGGACCCUGCAGACAGCAGCUACAUGCCCUCUCUGGUGGUCGUCUCAGGUACACACACAGCAGGGUUUCGUUAGCCGGUAAUAGACGGCUUUUGGCAUAUAAAAAAAAUUUGAAAACCCGAUCGAAUUGGCGCUGGCCAGUUGUCUGGGAUCGGUGUAGAAGAACAUGACUGGCCUUCAGAGAGCCCUGACCUCAACCCCAUCGAACACCUUUGGGAUGAAUUGGAACGCCGACUGCAAGCCAGGCCUAAUUGCCCCAACAUCAGUGACCGACCUCACUAAUGCUCUUGUGGCUGAAUGGAACCAAGUCCCCACAGCAAUGUUCCAACAUCUAGUGGAAAGCCUUCCCAGAAGAGUGGAGGCUGUUAUAGCAGCAAAUGAGGGACCAACUCCAUAUUAAUGCCCAUGAUUUUGGAAUGAGAUGUUUGACGAAUAGGUGUCCAUAUACACUACCGUUCAAAAGUUUGGAUUCACUUCAAAAUUAACUUGUUUUCAAAAGAAAAGCAAUUUUUUUGUCCAUUAAAAUAACAUCAAAUUAAUCAGAAAUACAGUGUAGACAUUGUUAAUGUUGUAAAUGGCUAUUGUAGCUGGAAACGGCUGAUUUUUAAUGGAAUAUCUACAUAGGCGUACAGAGGCCCAUUAUCAGCAACCAUCAGUCCUGUGUUCGAAUGGCACGUUGUGUUUGCUAAUCCAAGUUUAUAAUUUUAAAAGGCUAAUUAAUUGAUCAUUAGAAAACCCUUUUGUAAUUAUGUUAGCACAGCUGAAAACUGUUGUGCUGAUUUAAUGAAGCAAUAAAACUGGCCUUCUUGAGACUAGUUGAGUAUCUGGAGCAUCAGCAAUUGUGGGUUCGAUUACAGGCUCAAUAUGGCCAGAAACAAAGAUCUUUCUUCUGAAAGUUGUCAGUCUAUUCUUGUUCUGAGAAAUGAAGGCUAUUCCAUGCAAGAAACUGCCAAGAAACUGAAGAUCUCGUACAACGCUGUGUACUACUCCCUUCACAGAAAAGCGCAAACUGGCUCUAACCAGAAUAGAAAGAGGAGUGGGAGGCCCCGAUGCACAACUGAGCAAGAGGACAAAUACAUUAGAGUGUCUAGUUUGAGAAACAGACGCCUCACAGGUCCUCAACUGGCAGCUUCAUUAAAUAGUACCCACAAAACACCAGUCUCAACGUCAACAGUGAAGAGGCGACUCCGGGAUGCUGACCUUCUAGGCAGAGUUGCAAAGAAAAAGCCAAAUCUCAGACUGGCCAAUAAAAAGAAAAGAUUAAGAUGGGCAAAAGAACACAGACACUGGACAGAGGAAGAUUGGAAAAAAGUGUUAUGGAAAGACGAAUUGAAGUUUGAGGUGUUCGGAUCACAAAGAAGAACAUUUGUGAGACGCAGACCAAAUGAAAAGAUGCUGGAGGAGUGCUUGAUGCCAUCUGUCAAGCAUGGUGGAGGCAAUGUGAUGGUCUGGGGGUGCUUUGGUGGUGGUAAAGUGGGAGAUUUGUACAGGGUAAAAGGGAUCUUGAAGAAGGAAGGCUAUCACUCCAUUUUGCAACGCCAUGCCAUGUGGACGGCGCUUGAUUGGAGCCAAUUUCCUCCUACAACAGGACAAUGACCCAAAGCACAGCUCCAAACUAUGCAAUAACUAUUUAGGGAAGAAGCAGUCAGCUGGUAUUCUGUCUAUAAUGGAGAGGCCAGCACAGUCACCGGAUCUCACCCCUAUUGAGCUGUUGUGGGAGCAGCUUGACCGUAUGGUACGUAAGAAGUGCCCAUCAAGCCAAUCCAACUUGUGGGAGGUGCUUCAGGAAGCAUGGAGUGAAAUCUCUUCAAAUUACCUCAACAAAUUGACAACUAGAAUGCCAAAGGUCUGCAAGGCUGUUAUUGCUGCAAAUGGAGGAUUCUUUGACGAAGUUUGAAGGACACAAUUAUUAUUUCAAUUAAAAAUAAUUGUUUCUAACCUUGUCAAUGACUACAUUUUCUAUUCGUUUUGCUAUAUUUCCUAUUCAAACUAAUUUCAUGUAUGUUUUCAUGGAAAACAAGGACAUUUCUAAGUGACCCCAAACUUUUGAACGGUAGUGUGCUUUUGGUAAUGUAGUGUAUAUCAGAGCUCAAUCACCUGUGAAUGAAUUGUGGUUGUAGUUUACAUGUAUAAGUAAGAAAACAUAUUUUUUUUGUCAUGAGCAGUAUUCUCAUGAUAGUGUUUUAAAUGACAUGGUUUGUGCCAGAGCAGGAUUCUCAUGUUAGUGUUUUAAAUGACAUGGUUUGUGCCAGAGCAGUAUUCUCAUGUUAGUGUUUUAAAUGACAUGGUUUGUGCCAGAGCAGGAUUCUCAUGUUAGUGUUUUAAAUGACAUGGUUUGUGCCAGAGCAGGAUUCUCAUGUUAGUGUUUUUACCUUUAUAGGUGGUAGUUCCCUGAACAACCUGGUAGAGCUGAAGACCAUCAACAUCAACCCCACAGACACCACUGUUCCUCUGCUCAACGACUGCACUGAGGUAACUUAAACAUUAUCUACAUGAUCUAUACUGAGCAAAAAUAUGAACGCAACAUGCAACCAUUUCAACGAUUUUACUGAGUUACAGGUAAAUGCAUUAGGCCCUAAUCUAUGGAUUUCACCUGACUGGGAAUGAAAAAGGUGCAUCAUCUGUUGGUCACAGAUACCUUUAAAAAAAAAGGGCUUUACAAUGGUCCUCAGGAUCUCGUCAAGGUAUCUCUGUGCAUUCAAAUUGCCGUCGAUUAAAUGCAGUUGUGUUCGCUGUCCGUAGCUUAUGCCUGCCCAUACCAUAACCCCACCGCCACCAUGGGGCACUCUGUUCACAACGUUGACAUCAGCAAACCACUCGCCCACACAACGCCAUACACGCUGUCUGCGGUUGUGAUGCCGGUUGGACGUACUGACAAAUUCUCUAAAACGACGUUGGAGGAGGCUUAUGGUAGAGAAAUUUACAUUAAAUCUCUGGCAACAGCUCUGGUGGACAUUCCUGCAGUCAGCAUGCCAAUUGCAUGCUCCCUCUAAACUUCUGACAUCUGUGGCAUUGUGUUGUGUGACAAAACUGCACAUUUUAGAGUUGCCUUUUAUUGUCCCCAGCACAAGGUGCACAUGUGUAAUUGUCAUGCUGUUUAAACAGCUUCUUGAUAUGCCACACCUGUCAGGUGGAUCGAUUAUCUUGGCAAAGAGAAAUGCUCACUAACAGGGACGUAAAGAAAUGUUUGCAAAAAAAUUGCGAGAAAUAAGCUUUUUGUGCAUAUUGAACAUUUCUGGGAUCUUUUAUUUCAGCUCAUGAAACUUGGGACCAACACUUUACAUGUUGCGUUUAUUUUUUGUUCAUACAUUCAUAUCAACCCCACAGACACCACUGCUCCUCUGCUCAACGACUGCACUGAAGUACGUUCACUCAACUUGUAGGGACAAUCUGGGAUUGGUACAUCCAUUUUUGGACUUGUAUAUUAAAUAUACACUCAGUGGACAGUUUAUUAGGUACACCCAUCUAGUACCGGGUCGGAGCCUCCUUUGUCUCCAGAACAGCCUGAAUUCUUCGUGGCAUGGAAACGCUGCUCAAUUGGUAUCAAGGGACCUAACGUGUACCAGGAAACAUUCCCCACACCAUUACACCACCGCCACCAGCCUGUACCGUUGACACCAGGCAGGAUGGGGCAAUGGACUCAUGCUGCUUACGCCAGAUCCUUACUCUGCCAUCAGCAUGACGCUACAAGAACCGGGAUUCACCGGAGCAGGCAAUGUUUUUCCACUCCUCAGUUGUCCAGUGUUGGUGAUACCGUAUCUGACAGGAGUGGAACCCGGCGUGGUCGUCUGCUGCAACAGCCCAUCCGUGACAAGGACCGACGAGUUGUGUGUUCGGCGAUGCCAUUCUGCACACCACUUUGUACUGGUGUUAUCUGCCUGUUUGUGGCCCGCCUGUUAGCUUGCAUGAAUCUUGUCAUUCUCCUUCGACCUCUCUCGUCAACGAGCUGUUUUCACCCACAGAACUGCCGCUGACUGGAUGUUUUUUGUUUGUCACACCAUUCUCGGUAAACCCUAGACACUGUCCUACGUGAAAAGCCCAGGAGGGUGGCCGUUUCUGAGAUACUGGAUCCGGCGCGCCUGGCACCGACGAUCAUACCACCCACACUCAAAGUCGAUUAGGUCACUCCUUUUGCCCAUUCUAACCUUCAAUCGAACAGUAACUGAAUGCCUCGAUGCCGGUCUGCCUGCUUUAUAUAGCAAGCCACGGCCACGUGACUCACUGUCUGUAGGAGUGAACCAUUUUCGUGAACGGACUGGUGUACCCAAUAAACUGGCCGUUGAUUCUUGAAGAAUAUAACUUAUAAUUGCUUCAUGAGCUUAGUUCAACUGUUGUACCCCAUCUGAACCCCAGUAGGCUUGUUUUACUCCACUCUUUUUGUAAACUUUGUAAUUGUAAAUCAAACACUCUAUAGCUUCAAAAGACGGAAUACAUUGGAAUUCCUCAGUACCACAAACCAGUGUUAACCGUGUCCACCAGUACUAACCAGUGUUAACUGUGUGUCCACCAGUACUAACCAGUGUUAACCGUGUCCACUAGUACUAACCAGUGUUAACUGUGUGUCCACUAGUACUAACCAGUGUUAACUGUGUGUCCACCAGUACUAACCAGUGUUAACUGUGUGUCCACUAGUACUAACCAGUGUUAACUGUGUGUCCACCAGUACUAACCAGUGUUAACUGUGUGUCCACCAGUACUAACCAGUGUUAACCGUGUCCACCAGUACUAACCAGUGUUAACUGUGUGUCCACCAGUACUAACCAGUGUUAACUGUGUCCACCAGUACUAACCAGUGUUAACUGUGUGUCCACCAGUACUAACCAGUGUUAACUGUGUGUCCACCAGUACUAACCAGUGUUAACUGUGUGUCCACCAGUACUAACCAGUGUUAACCGUGUGUCCACCAGUACUAACCAGUGUUAACUGUGUCCACCAGUACUAACCAGUGUUAACUGUGUCCACCAGUACUAACCAGUGUUAACUGUGUGUCCACCAGUACUAACCAGUGUUAACUGUGUCCACCAGUACUAACCAGUGUUAACUGUGUGUCCACCAGUACUAACCAGUGUUAACCGUGUCCACCAGUACUAACCAGUGUUAACUGUGUGUCCACCAGUACUAACCAGUGUUAACUGUGUGUCCACCAGUACUAACCAGUGUUAACCGUGUCCACCAGUACUAACCAGUGUUAACUGUGUGUCCACCAGUACUAACCAGUGUUAACUGUGUGUCCACCAGUACUAACCAGUGUUAACUGUGUGUCCACCAGUACUAACCAGUGUUAACCGUGUCCCCACCAGUACUAACCAGUGUUAACUGUGUGUCCACCAGUACUAACCAGUGUUAACCGUGUCCACCAGUACUAACCAGUGUUAACCGUGUCCACCAGUACUAACCAGUGUUAACCGUGUCCACCAGUACUAACCAGUGUUAACUGUGUGUCCACCAGUACUAACCAGUGUUAACUGUGUGUCCACCAGUACUAACCAGUGUUAACUGUGUGUCCACCAGUACUAACCAGUGUUAACCGUGUCCACCAGUACUAACCAGUGUUAACUGUGUGUCCACCAGUACUAACCAGUGUUAACUGUGUGUCCACCAGUACUAACCAGUGUUAACUGUGUGUCCACCAGUACUAACCAGUGUUAACUGUGUGUCCACCAGUACUAACCAGUGUUAACCGUGUCCACCAGUACUAACCAGUGUUAACUGUGUGUCCACCAGUACUAACCAGUGUUAACUGUGUGUCCACCAGUACUAACCAGUGUUAACCGUGUCCACCAGUACUAACCAGUGUUAACUGUGUGUCCACCAGUACUAACCAGUGUUAACUGUGUGUCCACCAGUACUAACCAGUGUUAACCGUGUCCACCAGUACUAACCAGUGUUAACUGUGUGUCCACCAGUACUAACCAGUGUUAACUGUGUGUCCACCAGUACUAACCAGUGUUAACCGUGUCCACCAGUACUAACCAGUGUUAACUGUGUGUCCACCAGUACUAACCAGUGUUAACUGUGUGUCCACCAGUACUAACCAGUGUUAACUGUGUGUCCACCAGUACUAACCAGUGUUAACUGUGUGUCCACCAGUACUAACCAGUGUUAACUGUGUCCACCAGUACUAACCAGUGUUAACUGUGUGUCCACCAGUACUAACCAGUGUUAACCGUGUCCACCAGUACUAACCAGUGUUAACUGUGUGUCCACCAGUACUAACCAGUGUUAACUGUGUGUCCACCAGUACUAACCAGUGUUAACUGUGUGUCCACCAGUACUAACCAGUGUUAACCGUGUCCCCACCAGUACUAACCAGUGUUAACCGUGUCCCCACCAGUACUAACCAGUGUUAACCGUGUGUCCACCAGUACUAACCAGUGUUAACUGUGUGUCUACCAGUACUAACCAGUGUUAACCGUGUCCACCAGUACUAACCAGUGCGUUGUGUUCUCUUCCAGUACCACAGGUACAUAGAGAUAGCCAUUAAGCAGUGCCGUAGCUCUGGUAUCGACUGUAAGAUCCACGGCCUGGGCAUCGUGGGACGGAUCAGAGCGGAGGAUGAAGACCUGGCCACCGUGCCGUUCCUGGCUUCGGACAACGAGGAAGAGGAGGAUGAGAAGACGCCUACUGGCAGGUGAGGAAGGAUACUGUGUUUAAAGUAGUGCCACAAUCCCAAAUCAACCCCUAGGCCCUAGACCGUACGCCCUACGCACUUGUGAAGAGCAGAAAGGAUUUGAUUGGUGUUCUCCUGUUUCUUUACUAUGUUUGAAGUAGUGUGUGUCUGGAUCGUAGCAGCCGAGUAUCAUCUGUUUGUCUAUUCAGCUUCCAUCAGGAAGGUUUACAGCCUGGCUCUGCCCGUGUUCAGACCUUUCCCCUGUUUAUUACUGUAUAUUCAUGCUGGGCCUUGACCUUUCCCCUGUUUAUUACUGUAUAUUCAUACUGGGCCUUGACCUUUCCCCUGUUUAUUACUGUAUAUUCAUACUGGGCCUUGACCUUUCCCCUGUUUAUUACUGUAUAUUCAUGCUGGGCCUUGACCUUUCCCCUGUUUAUUACUGUAUAUUCAUGAUGGGCCUUGACCUUUCCCCUGUUUAUUACUGUAUAUUCAUACUGGGCCUUGACCUUUCCCCUGUUUAUUACUGUAUAUUCAUGCUGGGCCUUGACCUUUCCCCUGUUUAUUACUGUAUAUUCAUGCUGGGCCUUGACCUUUCCCCUGUUUAUUACUGUAUAUUCAUGCUGGGCCUUGACCUUUCCCCUGUUUAUUACUGUAUAUUCAUGCUGGGCCUUGACCUUUCCCCUGUUUAUUACUAUAUAUUCAUGCUGGGCCUUGACCUUUCCCCUGUUUCUUACUGUAUAUUCAUGCUGGGCCUUGACCUUUCCCCUGUUUAUUACUGUAUAUUCAUGCUGGGCCUUGACCUUUCCCCUGUUUAUUACUGUAUAUUCAUGCUGGGCCUUGACCUUUCCCCUGUUUAUUACUGUAUAUUCAUGCUGGGCCUUGACCUUUCCCCUGUUUAUUACUGUAUAUUCAUGCUGGGCCUUGACCUUUCCCCUGUUUAUUACUGUAUAUUAAUGCUGGGCCUUGACCUUUCCCCUGUUUAUUACUGUAUAUUCAUGCUGGGCCUUGACCUUUCCCCUGUUUAUUACUGUAUAUUCAUGCUGGGCCUUGACCUUUCCCCUGUUUAUUACUGUAUAUUCAUGCUGGGCCUUGACCUUUCCCCUGUUUAUUACUGUAUAUUCAUGCUGGGCCUUGACCUUUCCCCUGUUUAUUACUGUAUAUUCAUGCUGGGCCUUGACCUUUCCCCUGUUUAUUACUGUAUAUUCAUGCUGGGCCUUGACCUUUCCCCUGUUUAUUACUGUAUUUCAGCCUGUUUAUUACUGUAUAUUCAUGCUGGGCCUUGACCUUUCCCCUGUUUAUUACUGUAUAUUCAUACUGGGCCUUGACCUUUCCCCUGUUUAUUACUGUAUAUUCAUACUGGGCCUUGACCUUUCCCCUGUUUAUUACUGUAUAUUCAUGCUGGGCCUUGACCUUUCCCCUGUUUAUUACUGUAUAUUCAUGAUGGGCCUUGACCUUUCCCCUGUUUAUUACUGUAUAUUCAUACUGGGCCUUGACCUUUCCCCUGUUUAUUACUGUAUAUUCAUGCUGGGCCUUGACCUUUCCCCUGUUUAUUACUGUAUAUUCAUGCUGGGCCUUGACCUUUCCCCUGUUUAUUACUGUAUAUUCAUGCUGGGCCUUGACCUUUCCCCUGUUUAUUACUAUAUAUUCAUGCUGGGCCUUGACCUUUCCCCUGUUUCUUACUGUAUAUUCAUGCUGGGCCUUGACCUUUCCCCUGUUUAUUACUGUAUAUUCAUGCUGGGCCUUGACCUUUCCCCUGUUUCUUACUGUAUAUUCAUGCUGGGCCUUGACCUUUCCCCUGUUUAUUACUGUAUAUUCAUGCUGGGCCUUAUUACAGAUUCCUGUCUUUCUGUUCUCCUAGUCUGGCCCGUAAGAAGUCGUCAGGUCUGGAGUCAGCUGCCACCAUCAGGACCAAGGUGUUUGUCUGGGGACUCAAUGACAAAGACCAGCUGGGAGGACUGAAGGGAUCCAAGGUACUGCAUGGCCUGCUUUGGUUAGCAACGCGCAUGCCCCGCCAAACCUGAGGAUCUGGCUUUUUCAGCCAGCUGUUUCCUGUGUCUGAGGGGUGCAAAAAUCAACCUGUCACUUACAGUAAAUCUCGCUGGAUUGAUUGCUUUCAUUUUACUCCCGUGACUCUUUCAUACUCGUUUUGUCCUGUUAAUGUUACGACCACAUAAAAGUUAGUAAUACCUGUCAAACACACCACGGUAAUGGCUGAAAUGGGAUCAAUGGAGUACUUGGUCUAUAAGAACGUUAGAGCUUCGUGUGGGAUUGAACGCAUCGUCUCGACGCUGCCAGAAAGAGACGAGGAAAAUAACUGUUCAUUUGUUGUGGACUUGAAGAAAGCAAUAACUUAAUACAGUUGAAAGUUUACAGAUGAGAUGCGCUGAAAUGAUAACUUCUGAAAAGGAAAACUCAGAUUAUAGGGAUAUUAUGUCUGAUCUGGCAAACAAUGGAAAGUCUGUUUAGAGGUGUAAUCUAGAACCAAGCUGUUGAUUUGUAAUAUGAGGGUUCCCUGCUAUUGACACACUUGUUGAAUUAUGCAACAGAACGUGACAACAGUAAUUAAUGAGGUGGUCUAGACAGAGCAGGUGAGUACAGGUAGGGUAGACAGAGCAGGUGAGUUCAGGUAGGGUAGACAGAGCAGGUGAGGACAGGUACGGUAGACAGAGCAGGUGAGGACAGGUAGGGUAGACAGAGCAGGUGAGGACAGGUAGGGUAGACAGAGCAGGUGAGGACAGGUAGGGUAGACAGAGCAGGUGAGGACAGGUAGGGUAGACAGAGCAGGUGAGGACAGGUAGGGUAGACAGAGCAGGUGAGGACAGGUAGGGUAGACAGAGCAGGUGAGGACAGGUAGGGUAGACAGAGCAGGUGAGUACAGGUAGGGUAGACAGAGCAGGUGAGUACAGGUAGGGUAGACAGAGCAGGUGAGGACAGGUAGGGUAGACAGAGCAGGUGAGGACAGGUAGGGUGGACAGAGCAGGUGAGGACAGGUAGGGUAGACAGAGCAGGUGAGGACAGGUAGGGUAGACAGAGCAGGUGAGGACAGGUAGGGUAGACAGAGCAGGUGAGGACAGGUAGGGUAGACAGAGCAGGUGAGUACAGGUACGGUAGACAGAGCAGGUGAGGACAGGUAGGGUAGACAGAGCAGGUGAGGACAGGUAGGGUAGACAGAGCAGGUGAGGACAGGUAGGGUAGACAGAGCAGGUGAGUACAGGUAGGGCAGACAGAGCAGGUGAGGACAGGUAGGGUAGACAGAGCAGGUGAGGACAGGUAGGGUAGACAGAGCAGGUGAGUAAAGGUAGGGUAGACAGAGCAGGUGAGUACAGGUAGGGUAGACAGAGCAGGUGAGGACAGGUAGGGUAGACAGAGCAGGUGAGUACAGGUAGGGUAGACAGAGCAGGUGAGUACAGGUAGGGUAGACAGAGCAGGUGAGGACAGGUAGGGUAGACAGAGCAGGUGAGGACAGGUACGGUAGACAGAGCAGGUGAGGACAGGUAGGGUAGAUAGAGCAGGUGAGGACAGGUAGGGUAGACAGAGCAGGUGAGGACAGGUACGGUAGACAGAGCAGGUGAGGACAGGUAGGGUAGACAGAGCAGGUGAGGACAGGUAGGGUAGACAGAGCAGGUGAGUACAGGUAGGGUAGAUAGAGCAGGUGAGUACAGGUAGGGUAGACAGACAAAGCAAGGUUUUAGUGGUUGCAGCCCUGUCCCACCCAUUUAUGUGAAUGUUUUAUAUUCUGAACAAAAAUAUAAACGCAGCUCAUGAAACAUGGGACCAACACUUUACAUGUUGCAUUUAUAUUUUUGUUCAGUAUAUAUGCAAAUAAAACGAGUGUAUUUAUGCAAAUGAGGCACAUAUCAUUUUCUUUAUUUUAACACAAAAUAUAUUUAAAAAAAUACCUGAUACCAUUUUAAAUGUAUAUAUGAGUGCAUUCUAAGAAAAUAAAAAGUGAAAUUUUACAAUAAAUUGAAUACCUGAAUUCCCACCAAAAUCCAAUCAUUAUUUGUCUGUGCCAGUAAAAAUGAUGUGCUAUUAUUCAGUCAAUAUCGGAUGGAUUAAAAAAAUCUAAAAGUUUGGAGGAUCUUCAUCCAUUGUCCAACUGUUGCAUUUAUUAGAAUCGUUUUUUACAUGUACUGUACAAAACAAAUAUUAAAUAGAUGGGAAGUGCUGCAGUUGAACGUUAACAGCUGUCUAAUUCUUUAGUGUGAUCCACUGCAUGUUUGUGCUCUUCCUACUCAGAUCAAGGUCCCGUCCUUCUCUGAAACCCUCUCAGCCCUCAACGUGGUGCAGGUGGCCGGCGGGUCCAAGAGUCUGUUUGCAGGUCGGUAAAGAUGCACAUGAGAACAGUUGUGAGACGUGAGAGGGAAAUGUCUGCUGUUAGUGUUGUCUAUGUUUCUGUUGAGAAAGGGAUUCUUGCAAGUAGUGUGUAUGUGUGUGUGUGUGUGUGUGUUACCCGUAAUGUUCAAGUGACUGACGAGGGGAAGGUGUGUGUGUGUGUGUGUGUGCGAGCAACUGACUUACCUGUGUUGUUCCAGUGACGUCCGAGGGGAAGGUGUAUGCGUGUGGGGAGGCCACUAACGGGCGUCUGGGCCUGGGUCUGUCCAGCGGUACCAUCCCUAUACCCCGCCACGUCACUGCUCUCACUAACUACGUCGUGAAGAAGGUUGCAGUGCAUUCUGGGGGACGCCACGCCAUGGCCCUCACUGUGGAUGGGAAGGUGUUCUCCUGGGGAGAGGGAGAUGACGGGAAACUGGGGCACUUCAGCAGGAUGUAAGUUAUAUCUUCUACAUCCCAAAUGGCACCCUAUUCCCUAUGUAGUGCACGACUUUAGACCAGAGAAUGGCACCCUAUUCCCUAUAUAGUGCACUACUUUAGACCAGAGAAUGGUACCCUAUUCCCUAUAUAGUGCACUACUUUAGACCAGAGAAUGGCACCCUAUUCCCUAUAUAGUGCUCUACUUUAGACCAGAGAAUGGUACCCUAUUCCCUAUAUAGUGCACUACUUUAGACCAGAGAAUGGCACCCUAUUCCCUAUAUAGUGCACUACUUUAGACCAGAGAAUGGCACCCUAUUCCCUAUAUAGUGCACUACUUUAGACCAGAGAAUGGCACCCUAUUCCCUAUGUAGUGCACGACUUUAGACCAGAGAAUGGCACCCUAUUCCCUAUAUAGUGCACUACUUUAGACCAGAGAAUGGCACCCUAUUCCCUAUGUAGUGCACGACUUUAGACCAGAGAAUGGCACCCUAUUCCCUAUAUAGUGCACUACUUUAGACCAGAGAACGGCACCCUAUUCCCUAUGUAGUGCACGACUUUAGACCAGAGAAUGGCACCCUAUUCCCUAUGUAGUGCACUACUUUAGACCAGGGCCCAGAGGUACACCUAAGCAGAAUGUAAGUCCUCUAAUCAUCACACCCUACAUUGGAUUAGGAAGCAUUAGAUCGAUAGCAUUUCAUUGUACUGUUUUCACUACGCUGUAUCCUAUGCAUAUGGUAACUGAAUGUUGAUUUUAUUAACUCGUACUGUUAUGGAUUUGAGGUACUAAUGGCCUUUAUUCAGAAGAAAUACAGUAUAUAGAAAAAUGCUAAAUAAUACAGUGAAAACGCAGUACAUCAAGACAAAUCUUUUGCCCUUUUAAAAUGCGUCUCUUCCUCCCUGUAGGAACUGUGACAAGCCGCGUCUCAUUGAGGCCCUGAAGACCAAGCGGAUCCGGGACAUCGCCUGUGGCUCGUCCCACAGUGCUGCCAUCACCUCCAGUGGAGAGCUGUAUAGCUGGGGUCUGGGGGAGUACGGACGCCUGGGGCACGGAGACAACACCACACAGCUACGACCCAAACUGGUACGUACUAGAGACAACACCACACAGCUACGACCCAAACUGGUACGUACUAGAGACAACACCACACAGCUACGACCCAAACUGGUACGUACUAGAGACAACACUACACAGCUACGACCCAAACUGGUACGUACUAGAGACAACACCACACAGCUAAGACCCAAACUGGUACGUACUAGAGACAACACCACACAGCUACGACCCAAACUGGUACGUACUAGAGACAACACCACACAGCUAAGACCCAAACUGGUACAUACUAGAGACACCACCACACAGCUAAGACCCAAACUGGUACGUACUAGAGACAACACCACACAGCUACGACCCAAACUGGUACGUACUAGAGACAACACCACACAGCUAAGACCCAAACUGGUACGUACUAGAGACAACACCACACAGCUAAAACCCAAACUGGUACGUACUAUAGACACCACCACACAGCUACGACCCAAACUGGUACGUACUAGAGACAACACCACACAGCUACGACCCAAACUGGUACGUACUAGAGACAACACCACACAGCUAAGACCCAAACUGGUACAUACUAUAGACACCACCACACAGCUACGACCCAAACUGGUACGUACUAGAGACAACACCACACAGCUACGACCCAAACUGGUACAUACUAGAGACAACACCACACAGCUACGACUGGUACAUACUAGAGACACCACCACACAGCUAAGACCCAAACUGGUACGUACUAGAGACAACACCACACAGCUAAGACCCAAACUGGUACGUGCUAGAGACACCACCACACAGCUAAGACCCAAACUGGUACGUACUAGAGACAACACCACACAGCUAAGACCCAAACUGGUACGUACUAGAGACAACACCACACAGCUAAGACCCAAACUGGUACGUACUAGAGACAACACCACACAGCUAAGACCCAAACUGGUACGUACUAGAGACAACACCACACAGCUAAGACCCAAACUGGUACGUACUAGAGACAACACCACACAGCUAAGACCCAAACUGGUACGUACUAGAGACAACACCACACAUCUAAGACCCAAACUGGUACGUACUAGAGACAACACCACACAGCUACGACCCAAACUGGUACGUACUAGAGACAACACCACACAGCUACGACCCAAACUGGUACGUACUAGAGACAACACCACACAGCUAAGACCCAAACUGGUACGUACUAGAGACACCACCACACAGCUAAGACCCAAACUGGUACGUACUAGAGACAACACCACACAGCUAAGACCCAAACUGGUACGUACUAGAGACAACACCACACAGCUACGACCCAAACUGGUACAUACUAGAGACAACACCACACAGCUACGACUGGUACAUACUAGAGACACCACCACACAGCUACGACUGGUACAUACUGGCACUACCUCUCUGUGGAUACGCUACACACUUAGACUCUCCUGAUACUAUAAUAAUGUACUAUAAUAAUGUAGUUUUCUGAGACUCCUGAAACUAUAAUAAUGUACUAUAAUAAUGUAGUUUUCUGAGACUCCUGAAACUAUAAUAAUGUACUAUAAUAAUGUAGUUUUCUGAGACUCCUGAAACUAUAAUAAUGUACUAUACUUGUGGUUUUAGAUUGGCUAUAGAACUGUUAGAUGUUGUGUAUCUGAUUUGUGUGUUUGAUACAGGUGAAGGUGCUUCUGGGUCAUCGUGUGGUCCAGGUGGCUUGUGGGAGUAGAGAUGCUCAAACUCUAGCCCUGACAGAUGAAGGUACUUGUGUGUCUGUAUUUGCGCUGUGUCCGUCGCUGAAUAGUUAGCCAUGUCCGUCGCUGAAUAGUUAGCCAUGUCCGUCGCUGAAUAGUUAGCCAUGUCCGUCGCUGAAUAGUUAGCCAUGUCCGUCGCUGAAUAGAUAGCCAUGUCCGUCGCUGAAUAGUUAGCCAUGUCCGUCGCUGAAUAGUUAGCCAUGUCCGUCGCUGAAUAGUUAGCCAUGUGUCCUUACACUGCAAUGCUCUGAGCUGUACCUCUCUUCCUCCCUCCUCAGGCCUGGUGUUCUCCUGGGGCGAUGGGGACUUUGGGAAGCUGGGUCGUGGGGGCAGCGAAGGCUGUAAUAUCCCUCAGAACAUCGAGAGGCUGAAUGGGCAGGGAGUCUGUCAGAUAGAGUGUGGGGCUCAGUUCUCCCUGGCUCUCACCAAGUCUGGAGUGGUCUGGACGUGGUAAGAUCAAAUCACAUUGUAUUGGUCACAUACACAUAUUUAGCAGAUGUUAUUGCGGGUGUAGUGAAAUGCUUGUGGACAGCUGUGUAGGAUUACGAAACAUCCAGAAAACUUUUUUAAAAAUCCCAUUUGGAGGAUUUCUGGAAUCAGCAGGGAAUAAGCUGCAAGGGAAUCCUCCAACCUGCAAUUCUUUAACUGGGAUUGCUUCAAGAAAGCUUCAAGAAAGUUUCAGGAAUUUUACAACCCUACAGCUGAUGACAUAAGCUGUGUUCGAAUACCCAUGCUAAUAUACUGUAUACUACACAAUUAAUUAGUAUAUACUACAUACUAUAAACUAUUAGUUCAUUUUAGCAUACUGUAAACUAAUAGUAUCCUUUCAGUUGAGUGUACUAGCACUUCGCCUGUCUACUGGAAGUUGAUGCUGUUGCUAUGCAACCUCUUGCUAGCUUGUUAGCAUAACAAAUUACUAGCUAGACAUCUUACGACUUCAUUAGCAAUGUCCAUUGAGAACGCACAAUGACUAUACCACUUAGCUAAGCUAAGAAUGACGUGAAUAAUCAAGUCAAUAAACGUUGGGCAGUUAGUUAGAUAGCAUAUAGUUAAUAUACUGGCAAGUUCCAUGUAUUAGUAGCCAACUAACGUUAGGUAGCUAGCUAACAUACCGGUACAUACAAGCAACUGCUGUAAUCAUAUGCUAUGCGGUUUGUAAGGCUAGCGUAGCUAACAAAUUGUCAGCCAACAUAGCGUGUAAUGUUUUUUUUUUUAUUACAUUGCUCAACAUGUUCUUAACAUUUGUCAUAAUUAGUUAAAGCAAUGAAUAUUUACUUUUUGUACUUACAUUUGUAUCCGCUCUCGUCGGACUUCGGCUGCAUAUUUUCCGCCAUUUUCUUCAAAUCUGAAAAAUGUGUGAAGCCACGGCCAUUUUCUGAAGUAUUGCAUUAUGGGCCCAAAAUUCACAGAAAUAGUGUCCACUGCUUGUAUACUUCGAAUUUUGGCUAAUGUAGUACGACAUCCGGGAACUUUUGUCAUACUAACUAUAUCCAUACUAUGACCAAUAGGCAUACUACAUACUCAAUUUACCUCACAAAUAGUAGGGUUAGUGCGGAUGUGAUGGUACUAUUCUACCUCAGGCGAGCAAUACCUCGAGACUUCUUUAAUAUUAGACAUCGCGCACAAGCAGUUAUUGACAAAUGGACACACACCCCCGCCCCUCGUCUUACCAGAUGUAGCUGCUCUGUCCUGAUGAAGCCAGCCAGCUCCGUAAUAUCCGUGUCGUCGUUCAGCCACGUCUCGUGAAACAUAAGAUAUUACAGUUUUUAACGUCCCGUUGGUGGGAUAGUCUUGAUCAUAGAUCUUCCAGUUUGUUUUCCAAUGUUUGCACGUUGGCCAAUAAUACGGAGGGAAGUGGUGGUUUGCCCCGCCCUCCUCCCCAUUUUCCUUCAUCUUUUCUUCGCGCUGAUGACGGGGAUUUGGGCCUUGUCUUGACAAAGCAGUAUAUCCUUCGCGUCAGACUCAUUAAAUAAAAAAUCUUCGUCCAGUUCAAAUGAGUUACAAACAAAGUAGCACAGUUGGUUAGGAGCCCGUAAAACGGCAGCCAUCCCCUCCUGCGCCAUUAACUCUGUUCACAACGUUGACAUCAGCAAACUGCUCGCCCACACGACGCCAUACACAUGGUCUGCGGUUGUGAGGCCGGUUGGAUGUACUGCCAAAUUCUCUAAAACGACAUUGGAGGAGGCUUAGAGAAAUUAACAUUGAUUUAUCUGGCAACAGCUCUGGUGGACAUUCCUGCAGUCAGUAUGCCAAUUGUACGCUCCCUAAAAACUUGAGACAUCUGUGGCAUUGUGUCGUGUGACAAAACUGCACAUUUUAGAGUUGCCUUUUAUUGUCCUCAGCACAAGGUGCACCUGUGUAAUGAUCAUGCUGUUUAAUCAGCUUCUUGAUAUGCCACACCUGUCAGGUGGAUGGAUUAUCUUGGCAAAGAGAAAUGCUCACUAACAGGGAUGUAAACAAAUUUGUGCACAGCAUUUGAGAGAAAUAAGGUUUUUGUGCAUGUGGAACAUUUCUGGGAUCUUUUAUUUCAGCUCAUGUUGUGUUUUUAUUUUUGUUCAGUGUAACAUAACGUUUGAUUUAGAUUUAGAACACCAGGUGGGUGCAAUUAAUGAUCAGGUAGACAGAAAAGCAGCAGGCUACGGACUUUGUAGGGUCAGAGUUGAAUAACCCUGGUUAAUGUGAUGUUUCUACCCAGGGAUAAAGGUGAAUAACUGUCUGUUUCUCAACCAGGGGUAAAGGGGACUAUUUCCGUCUGGGCCACGGGACAGACGUCCAUGUGCGUAAGCCCCAGAUGGUGGAGGGGCUGAGGGGGAAGAAGAUCAUCCACGUGGCCGUGGGGGCGCUGCACUGCCUGGCUGUCACCGAGACUGGACAGGUGGGUGCUGGCCUCCGUGCCUCAUGGCUGUCACCAGAUUAGUUUUUGCUGCCUUGCCAACUUCUAUGGUCUUGUCAAGACACACGUGACAGCACACAGGAGAUCUAGCGAGGCCUCGUCCAGUAGAGCGCAUCAGACACCAGGUCAUUUAUUCACAUGGCAUCUUUCCAAGUAUUUAACUAAAUGUGUAACUGUAGUGAUACUGGAGAUAUACUACGGGUAGCUCUGUCCACAUUACAUAUCAGCACUUCAUCUCUGUCAGGUUUUUAAUAUGUAUCCACUUCUUCUAGAAUAAUUGUUCGAAGUCUUCACUAAGUUUCUCUGUAUUCUACCAGGUGUUUGCAUAACUGUUUCUCUCUGUGUGUGUGUGUGAGUGAGAUUACACAGACCCACAAAGAAUUUGAAAUCAAAUCCAAUUUAGAUAAACUCCUAUAUCUAUUGGGUGAAAUAUCACAGCAGGAAGAUUUUGUUACCUGUUGCCACAAUGCAUUCGGAAAGUAUUCAGACCCAUUUACUUUUUCCACAUUUUGUUACGUUAUUCUAAAAUGGAUUAAAUAAAACAUUUUCCUCAGCAAUCUAUACACAAUACCCCGUAAUGACAAAGCGAAAACAGGUUUCUAUACAUUUUUGCAAAUUUAUUACAAAUAAAAAACAGAUACCUUAUUUUCAUAAGUAUUCAGACCCUUUGCUAUGAGACUCGAAAUUGAGCUCAGGUGCAUCCUGUUUCCAUUGAUCAUCCUUGAUGUUUUUACUACUUGAUUGGAGUCCACCUGUGGUAAAUUCAAUUGAUUGGACAUGAUUUGGAAAGGCACACAUCUGUCUAUAUAAGGUCCCACAGUUGACAGUGCAUAUCAAAGCAAAAACCAAGCCAUGAGGUCGAAGAAAUUGUUCGUAGAGCUCCGAGACAGAAUUGUGUUGAUGCACAGAUCGGGGAAGGGUACCAAAAAAUGUCUGCAGCAUUGAAGGUCCCCAAGAACACAGUGGCCUCCAUCAUUCUUAAAUGGAAGAAGUUUGGAACCACCAAGACUCUUCCUAGAGCUGGCCGCCUGGCCAAACGGAGCAAUCGGGGGAGAAGGGCCUUGGUCAGUGAGGUGACCAAGAACCCGAUGGUCACUCUGACAGAGCUCCAGAGUUCCUCUGUGGAGAUAGGAGAACCUUCCAGAAGGACAACCAUCUCUGCAGCACUCCACCAAUCAGGCCUUUAUGGUAGAGUGGCCAGACGGAAGUCACUCCUCAGUAAAAGGCACAUGACAGCCUGCUCAGAGUUUGCCAAAAGGCACCUAAAGGACUCUGACCAUGAGGAGCAAGAUUCUCUGGUCUGAUGAAACCAAGAUUGAACACUUUGGCCUGAAUGCCAUGCGUCACGUCUGGAGCAUGUUGGUGGCAGCAUCAUGCUGUGGGAAUGAUUUUCAGCAGCAGGGACUGGGAGACUAGUCAGGAUUGAGGGAAAGAUGAACGGAGCAAAGUAAAGAGAGAUCCUUGAUGAAAACCUGCUCCAGAGUGCUCAGGACCUCAGACUGGGGCGAAGGUUCACCUUCCAACAGGACAACGACCCAAAGCACACAGCCAAGACAACGCAGGAGUGUCUUCGGGACAAGUCUCUGAAUGUCCUUGAGUGGCCCAGCCAGAGCCCGGACUUGAACCCGAUCGAAAUUCUCUGAAGAGACCUGAAAAUAGUUGUGCAGCAACGCUCCCCAUCCAACCUGACAGAGCUUGAGAGGAUCUGCAGAGAAGAAUGGGAGAAACUCCCCAAAUACAGGUGUGCCAAGCUUGUAGCGUCAUACAUAAGAAUACUCGAGGCUGUAAUCGCUGCCAAAGGUGCUUCAACAAAGUACUGAGUAAAGGGUCUGAAUAUAUAUGUAAAUGUGAUUUUAAAAAAAAGUUUAUUUUAUAAAUUAGCAAAAAUGUCUGAACCUGUUUUUGCUUUGUCAUUAUGGGGUAUUGUGUGUAGAUGGAUGAGGUCAAUUUCAUCAAUUUUAAAUAAGGCUGUAACGUAACAAAAUGUGGUAAAAGUCAAGGGGUCUGAAUACUUUCCGAAUGCACUAUACAACCCAUAUUUAUGUUGAUUUAUUUUCCCUUUUGUACUUUAACUAUUUGCACAUUGUUACAACACUGUAUAUGGACAUAAUAUGACAUUUGAAAUGUCUUUAUUCUUUUGAAACUUCUGAGUGUAAUGUUUACUGUUAAUAUUUAUUGUUUAUUUAACUUUUGUUUAUUAUCCAUUUCACUUGCUUUGGCAACGUUAACAUAUGUUUCCCAUGCCAAUAAAGCCCUUUGAUUUGAAUUGAAUUGAAUUGAGAGAGAGAGCGAGCGAGAGAGAUGUUUGAAGGGGAGAGAGAGCUGACCUUAAUGUCUGUGAGUUCUUAGAAAGAGAGAGGCUGAAAUUCAAACCGAGCACUCGAUAUGCAUAUUCAUGAGUCAAUCGAGUCUGUCCUGAGCUCGCUGGUUGAUACAAUGUUUCAUGUUUACUAGCGUGAGCUUCGGGCCGGACCCGGAUGAUAGUUGAUACAAUAUUUCAAAUUCGUUGCAGACAGGUGGAAUAGAGAGAUGAAUGCGAUUGACAUUAUUAUAAUUGAAAUGAAGCUGUUCCACGAAAAUGUGCGUAUGAAAAUCAUAACAUCGGUAGAAAAUGUAAAUCAAUUGGCAUUCCACGUGAAGCAGGUUUCCGACUCCUGGUGUAGCCUAUUACCGGAAGCUUCAGGAGCGUAACGGCUGAAUCAGCGAAGGCCUGCAGGAGGAGGUCGGGAACAGGUUUUUAAAUUCUGGUUAUCUUGAUCUCUGGCUCUCUCAAGUCAUUAGUUGUCUUAAUUAUUUCAUCAUACAUCAGACAAGCUCAGUGCAAAUAGUUGAUUUUAUUAAAACACAUAGUUUUACAUUUACGUCAGUUAGCAGACGCUCUUAUCCAGAGCGACUUACAAAUUGGUGCAUUCACCUUAUAGCCAGUGGGAUAACCACUUUACAAUUUUUUUUUUUUUUUUUUUGGGGGGGGGGUAGAAGGAUUACUUUAUCCUAUCCCAGGUAUUCCUUAAAGAGGUAGGGUUUCAAGUGUCUCCGGAAGGUGGUGAGUAACUCCGCUGUCCUGGCGUCGUGAGGGAGCUUGUUCCACCAUUGGGGUGCCAGAGCAGCGAACAGUUUUGACUGGGCUGAGUGGGAACUGUGCUUCCGCAGAGGUAGGGGAGCCAGCAGGCCAGAGGUGGAUGAACGCAAUGCCCUCGUUUGGGUGUAGGGACUGAUCAGAGCCUGAAGGUACGGAGGUGCCGUUCCCCUCACAGCUCCGUAGGCAAGCACCAUAUGUGUGACACAUAAUGUGUGUCUAUAUAUGGAAAAAUACCCGUUUAGAAAUUGAGGAAGAACAGACUACUCUCGGUCAACCAAGAUGUAUUUUUUGUCGGGGACAGCCGUAAUAUACUUGUGCAGUAGAGAUGUUGAUUGGUUCCUCUAUCAGUUUCAUGCUACAAGACGCGUCGCGGGAGACGAUGCGCGCAAAUGGAUUUAGAAUUGUAGAAUAUUGAUAAGUGGCAGUUAGGACGUCAAUUGUCUCAAUGUCUCAAUGUUCAUUUUGACCAAAACACCUGCAGACUGAUCACUUUUGAACACAUCAGCAAGUGGCCACUCGAUAAAGGGCUUAGGGGCCACGUGUUCCUGUUUGAGAUUCAGCCAUAGAGAUGUGAGAGAGGGAUACAGAGGUGUGUUUAGUAGCUGUAAGUGUGUCUGUACUGCUCCACCAGGUGUUUGCGUGGGGAGACAACGACCACGGCCAGCAGGGGAACGGGACCACCACGGUGAACAGGAAGCCCACCCUGGUUCAGGGUUUAGAGGGACAGAAGAUCACCCGUGUGGCCUGUGGCUCCUCCCACAGCGUUGCCUGGACCACCGUAGACGUCACCACCCCCUCUGUCCACGAGCCUGUCCUCUUCCAGACUGCCAGGGACUCUCUAGGGGCCUCAUACCUAGGUAACCCUAACCUCUAUACAGCUAGUAACCCUAACACUAAGUCUAACCCUCUUCAUACCUAGGUAACCUAACAACAGUCACAUUUAAUAUAGUAUAUAGUAUAAUAUAUACUUUUACAGCAUGAAAAAACAACUGGAACGUAGUAGGUGAUUUGUCAAUUAAAUAAUAUGUAUUUCAAAAACCCAACACAAACACUAUCUUCAACUCAAAUUAUGCUUCAGAAAUAAAUAUAACCCCCACAAAUAAUAUAAUGUCAACGCAUUUUACAAAAACAAAUAUUCAAUAACCAUCACAAUGUCCCAAUAACCUUAUUGAACCGUUUUGUUUUGGUUAAGUUCAAAUUCAGUUUCGGCUAUAUUGGGACGCGCCAAGGAAAUGAUUUGUCUAUAAGUCCCGUCUUUCUUUUCCCAUUUCGAUUCCCUUUACUUUAUUCAGUUCAAGUUCAGUUCAUAGUAGUUUCGCAUUCAAAUCAAAUUUCCCCCGUAAAAGAAAAGGUGAUCUCUAGAAACUGUAAAGAAAACAGGAUGGAUCUCACCGGAGUUUGGAAGGCGCGUCCGUGUUCAUUAAACUUUUUCCGCGAUCGGUUUUCCACAACAAGGAAAUAAUCGGACCGGUCAGGAACACGAUCACAGUGCCAACAGAAAAUCCAAACCAUGGAAGGCACGGACUGCGCUUAGCAGGCUGCAGUUUUCUUCUCGCAAUUUGAAACUGGUGCCGCUAAGGUUUACCGGUGUGUUCGAAUCACAGGUAGGCUAUAGCAAAACACACCUCUCUGGAUGACCACCAAGCAACCUCCAAGAUGCGAAGAAGAGUCUUCAGCCAUCCAAGAUGGCCGCCCAGUGGAAGGUCAUGAAAGGAAUCCAGAAAACAGCAGACAAGGCCCUUGGGUACCAGAGGUUGAUAUUUAUUGCCUUCUCCUUUAACAGGGAUCCUCCUGUACAGGAUUCCUUGGAGUACUUUGAAUCCAAUUCAAUCUGGACGCUCGCUGGAAGCUUCUUUGUCACUGACCUCCUGGUCCUGAGCUUGAGAGCUGGCAAGGAUGGAAAGGCUGUGAGUGGUGGUGACAGCAACAUAUGCUACAUGGCUUGCUGAUGGAGCCACUGCUCUGGACAGAGCAUCAAUGUUCUGAUGGCCUUUCCGGUAAUGCACUCUGAACUGAAGGGGCAACGUCCAGCGUGUGAGCCUGGAAGAUGUCUUGGGGCUGUUGAAAACCCAUGUAAGUGCUGAGUGAUCAGUAAAUACAUCAAGUCAAUCCCCUUUUCCAUUGCCCACACCACUACCCACACUGCUUUUCCCUUGUUGAGUAGUUGCAUUCAGCUCCUUUAAUGCCAGUGAUGCAUAUGCAAUGCUUCCUUCUCCACCUUCCGUCUGUUGAGUGAAGACUUGGAAUGCCUGCGAUAGGUCUGUCUGAGCCAACAAGAGCCUGCUGCAACUGCUCAAAACUGUUCUGUCCGUUCCCAGAAUUAUAUCAUUUGGUGAUUGGCUGUGGAGGCUAUUUGGUGAUUGGCUGUGGAGGCUAUUUGGUGAUUGGCUGUGGAGGCUAUUUGGCCAUUGGCUAUUUGACAUGCGUUCAGUUAAACCCUGAAGUUUAGGCUUAUGCAGUAAUACCAGAUAACCUCAAAUAAUUUACAUUUACGUCAUUUAGCAGACGCUCUUAUCCAGAGCGACUUACAAAUUGGUGCAUUCACCUUAUAGCCAGUGGGAUAACCACUUUACAAUUUAUUUUUUAUUUUUUUGAAAUAAUGAAAGAAAAACCUCAAUGUAGCCUUUUAUAAAUUGCACAAUAAUUACAGUGCAUUCGAAAAGUAUUCAGACCCCUUGAUUUUUUCCACAUUUGGUUACGUUACAGCCUUAUUCUAAAAUUGAUUAAAUUGUUUUUUUCCCCUCAUCAAUCUACACACAAUACCCCAAAAUGACAAAGCAAAAACAGGUUUUUAGACAGUUGUGCAAAAUGUAUAAAAAAACAAACAACUUAAAUAUCACAUUUACAUGAAAACUGAAAUCACAUUUUCAUAAGUAUUCAGACCCUUUACUCAGUAAUUUGUUGAAGCACCUUUGGCAGCGAUUACAGCCUCGAGUCUUCUUAGGUAUGACGCUACAAGCUUGGCACACCUGUAUUUGGGGAGUUUCUCCCGUUCUUCUCUGCAGAUCCUCUGAACCGAAGAGCGGUACCUGGUUUCCUCCAGACGUGACGCUUGGCAUUCAGGCCAAAGAGUUCAAUCUUGGUUUCAUCAGACCAGGGAAUCUUGUUUCUCAUGGUCAGAGUCUUUUAGGUGCCUUUUAGCAAACUCAGAGCGGGCUGUCAUGUGCCUUUUACUGAGGAGUGGCUUCCGUCUGGCCACUCUACCAUAAAGGCCUGAUUGGUGGAGUGCUGCAGAGAUGAUUGUCCUUCUGGAAGGUUCUCUCAUCUCCACAGAGGAACUCUGGAGCUCUGUCAGAGUGACCAUCGGGUUCUUGGUAACCUCCCUGACCAAGGCCCUUCUCCACCGAUUGCUCAGUUUGGCCUUGCAGCCAGCUGUUUCAUUUAAGAAUGAUGGAGGCCACUGUGUUCUUGGGGACCUUCAAUGCUGCAGAAAGUUUUUGGUACCCUUCCCCAGAUCUGUGCCUCGACACAAUCUUGUCUAGGAGCUCUACAGACAAUUCCUUCGACCUCAUGGCUUGCAUGCUCUGACAUGCACUGUCAACUGUGGGACCUUAUAUAGACAGGUGUGUGCCUUUCCAAAUCAUGUCCAAUCAAAUGAAUUUACCACAGGUGGACUCCAAUCAAGUUGUAGAAACAUCUCAAGGAUAAUCAAUGGAAACAGGAUGCACCUGAGCUCAAUUUCGAGUCUCAUGGCAAAGGGUCUGAAUACUUAUGUAAAUAAGGAGUAAUAGUUGAGGGUUUGAUCAAGGGUCUAGAUGAGUAGAUUUAGGGCUCAUUUCUCUCUACAUCCAGUAGCCCAGGUCUGACUUGGAUUAGGGUUAGACAAAGACUCAGGAUGAGGCUGGGGUUUGGUGAAAUACCACUUUUUGCGUUAAGUGAUGAAUAUGAAAUAUUGACAUUUUUGUCCGUGUGUCCUGUGUAUUCCAGGUGUCCAGUCAGACAGUGACUCCUCGGCGGUGACCAAUAAACUGAUUGGCCACAGUAAUGGGGUUAGACCCAACCGCCCCUCUCUGGCUAAGAUACUGCUGUCUCUGGAUGGGAACCAGGCCAAGCAACAGGCCCUGUCCCAUGUCCUCUCAGCUCUACAGAUCAUGUAUGCCAGGUAAGACUCCUCUCAGUCUCUACAGAUCAUGUAUGCCAGGUAAGACUCCUCUCAGCCCUACAGAUCAUGUAUGCCAGGUAAGACUCCUCUCAGCCCUACAGAUCAUGUAUGCCAGGUAAGACUGCCCUGUCCGAUGUGCUAGUGUAUGCCAGGUGAUGUCAGAGAUGCUGUGGUUGGUGUCCUGAUUUAAUGUGUGUUGUAUUGGUGAUGUCAGAGAUGCUGUGGUUGGUGCCCUGAUUUAAUGUGUGUUGUAUUGGUGAUGUCAGGGAUGCUGUGGUUGGUGCCCUGAUGCCAGCUUGUAUGAUGGUCCCCAUGGAGUGCCCCCCCCCUGACUCCUCCUCAGCAUCCAGCCCCGCUGAGGCAGAGGGGCCCCCUGUGCCCCCAGAGGUGGAGGAGAGGGUCAGCCCUAACCCCUGGCAGACAGACAAGAAGGGAGAGGUGAGGAACAUCAGCCCAAAAUCUCAAAUCAACCCCUAGCCCGACCCCCUAGUCCCGACCCCCUAGUCCCUAACCCCUAUCCCAACCCCCUAGUCCCUAACCCCUAGCCCGACCCCCUAGUCCCUACCCCCUAGUCCCUAACCCCUAGUCCCUACCCCCUAGUCCCUACCCCCUAGUCCCUAACCCCUAGUCCCUAACCCCUAGCCCGACCCCCUAGUCCCUAACCCCUAUCCCUACCCCCUAGUCCCCUAACCCCUAUCCCGACCCCCUAGUCCCUACCCCCUAGUCCCUAACCCCUAUCCCUACCCCCUAGUCCCUAACCCCUAUCCCUACCCCCUAGUCCCUAACCCCUAUCCCGACCCCCUAGUCCCUAACCCCUAUCCCUACCCCCUAGUCCCUAACCCCUAGUCCCUAACCCCCUAGUCCCUAACCCCUAUCCCGACCCCCCUAGUCCCUAGUCCCUAACCCCUAUCCUGACCCCCUAGUCCCUAUCCCUAGUCCCUAACCCCUAUCCCGACCCCCUAGUCCCUAACCCCUAACCCCUAGUCCCUAACCCCUAGUCCCGACCCCCUAGUCCCAACCCCCUAGUCCCUAACCCCUAUCCCGACCCCCUAGUCCCUAACCCCUAUCCCAACCCCCUAGUCCCUAACCCCUAUCCCGACCCCCUAGUCCCUAACCCCUAGCCCGACCCCCUAGUCCCUAACCCCUAACCCUAGUCCCUAACCCCUAGUCCCUAUCCCUAGUCCCUACCCCCCUAGUCCCUAACCCCUAUCCCUACCCCCUAGUCCCCUAACCCCUAUCCCAACCCCCUAGUCCCUAACCCCUAUCCCGACCCCCUAGUCCCUAACCCCUAGCCCGACCCCCUAGUCCCUAACCCCUAGUCCCUAACCCCUAGUCCCUACCCCCUAGUCCCUAACCCCUAGCCCCGACCCCCUAGUCCCUAACCCCUAGUCCCUAACCCCCUAGCCCACCCCCUAGCCCUACCCCCCUAGUCCCUAACCCCUAGUCCCUACCCCCUAGUCCCUACCCCUAGUCCCUAACCCCUAGUCCCUAACCCCUAUCCCGACCCCCUAGUCCCUAACCCCUAGUCCCUAACCCCUAUCCCCGACCCCUAGUCCCUAACCCCUAGUCCCUAACCCCUAGUCCCUACCCCUAUCCCGACCCCCUAGUCCCAACCCUAGUCCCUAACCCCUAUCCCCGACCCCCUAGUCCCUAACCCCUAGUCCCUAACCCCUAGUCCCUAACCCUAUCCCGACCCCCUAGUCCCUAACCCCUAGUCCCUAACCCCUAUCCCGACCCCCUAGUCCCUAACCCCUAUCCCGACCCCCUAGUCCCUAACCCCUAGUCCCUAACCCCUAUCCCGACCCCCUAGUCCCUAACCCCUAGUCCCUAACCCCUAGUCCCUAACCCCCUAUCCCGACCCCCUAGUCCCUAACCCCUAGUCCCUAACCCCUAGUCCCUAACCCCUAUCCCCGACCCCCUAGUCCCCUAACCCCUAGUCCCUAACCCCUAGUCCCUAACCCCUAGUCCCUACCCCCUAGUCCCUAACCCCUAGUCCCUAGCCCCUAGUCCCUAACCCCUAGUCCCUAACCCCUAGUCCCUAACCCCUAUCCCCGACCCCCUAGUCCCUAACCCCUAGUCCCUAACCCCUAUCCCGACCCCCUAGUCCCUAACCCCUAGUCCCUAACCCCUAUCCCGACCCCCUAGUCCCUAACCCCUAGUCCCUAACCCCUAUCCCCGACCCCCUAGUCCCUAACCCCUAGUCCCUAACCCCUAGUCCCUAACCCCUAUCCCGACCCCCUAGUCCCUAACCCCUAGUCCCGACCCCCUAGUCCCUACCCCCUAGUCCCUAACCCCUAGUCCCUAACCCCUAUCCCGACCCCCUAGUCCCUAACCCCUAGUCCCUAACCCCGACCCCCUAGUCCCUAACCCCUAGUCCCUAACCCCUAGCCCGACCCCCUAGUCCCUAACCCCUAUCCCCUACCCCCUAGUCCCUAACCCCUAUCCCGACCCCCUAGUCCCUAACCCCUAGUCCCUAACCCCUAGUCCCUAACCCCUAUCCCGACCCCCUAGUCCCUAACCCCUAGUCCCUAACCCCUAGUCCCUAACCCCUAGUCCCUAACCCCUAUCCCCAACCCCCUAGUCCCUAACCCCUAGUCCCUAACCCCUAGUCCCUACCCCCUAGUCCCUAACCCCUAGCCCCUAGUCCCUAACCCCUAGUCCCUAACCCCUAGUCCCUAACCCCUAUCCCGACCCCCUAGUCCCUAACCCCUAGUCCCUAACCCCUAUCCCCGACCCCCUAGUCCCUAACCCCUAGUCCCUAACCCCUAGUCCCUAACCCCUAUCCCGACCCCCUAGUCCCUAACCCCUAGUCCCGACCCCCUAGUCCCUACCCCCUAGUCCCUAACCCCUAGUCCCUAACCCCUAUCCCGACCCCCUAGUCCCUAACCCCUAGUCCCUAACCCCUAGUCCCUAACCCCGACCCCCUAGUCCCUAACCCCUAGUCCCUAACCCCUAGUCCCUAACCCCUAGUCCCUAACCCCUAACCCCUAGCCCUACCCCCUAGUCCCUAACCCCUAGCCCUACCCCCUAGUCCCUAACCCCUAUCCCGACCCCCUAGUCCCUAACCCCUAUCCCUACCCCAGGAUUUCCCACACUUUUUUGGCCCACCACCCCAUUUUGGUAUUAUUUGACACCAUGUAAAGAAAGUGAUGUGAUUAACGGCCAGUGUUAACUUUUUUUAAGUGGGACUAUGCCAGUCUACUACAUACACCAUAUAUACAGCCGUAUGUGGACACCCCUUCACUAUAUAUAUACAGCCGUAUGAGGACACCCCUUCACUAUAUAUAUACAGCCGUAUGUGGACACCCCUUCACUAUAUAUAUACAGCCGUAUGUGGACACCCCUUCACUAUAUAUAUACAGCCGUAUGUGGACACCCCUUCACCAUAUAUUCAGCCGUAUGUGGACACCCCUUCACUAUAUAUAUACAGCCGUAUGUGGACACCCCUUCACUAUAUAUAUACAGCCGUAUGUGGACACCCCUUCACUAUAUAUAUACAGCCGUAUGGGGACACCCCUUCACUAUAUAUAUACAGCCGUAUGUGGACACCCCUUCACUAUAUAUAUACAGCCGUAUGGGGACACCCCUUCACUAUAUAUAUACAGCCGUAUGUGGACACCCCUUCACUAUAUAUAUACAGCAGUAUGUGGACACCCCUUCACUAUAUAUAUACGCAGUAUGUGGGACACCCCUUCACUAUAUAUAUAUACAGCCGUAUGUGGACCACCCCUUCACUAUAUAUAUACAGCCGUAUGAGGACAACCCCUUCACUAUAUAUAUACAGCCGUAUGUGGACACCCCCUUCACUAUAUAUAUACAGCCGUAUGAGGACACCCCUUCACUAUAUAUAUACAGCCGUAUGUGGACACCCCUUCACUAUAUAUAUACAGCCGUAUGUGGACACCCCUUCACUAUAUAUAUACAGCCGUAUGUGGACACCCCUUCACUAUAUAUAUACAGCCGUAUGUGGACACCCCUUCACCAUAUAUUCAGCCGUAUGUGGACACCCCUUCACUAUAUAUAUACAGCCGUAUGUGGGACACCCCUUCACUAUAUAUAUACAGCCGUAUGUGGACACCCCUUCACUAUAUAUAUACAGCGUAUGGGGACACCCCUUCACUAUAUAAUAUCACGCCGUAUGUGGACACCCCUUCACUAUAUAUAUACAGCCGUAUGUGGACACCCCUUCACUAUAUAUAUACAGCAGUAUGUGGACACCCCUUCACUAUAUAUAUACAGCAGUAUGUGGACACCCCUUCACUAUAUAUAUACAGCCGUAUGUGGACACCCCUUCACUAUAUAUAUACAGCCGUAUGUGGACACCCCUUCACUAUAUAUAUACAGCCGUAUGUGGACACCCCUUCACUAUAUAUAUACAGCUGUAUGUGGACACCCCUUCACUAUAUAUAUAUACAGCCGUAUGUGGACACCCCUUCACUAUAUAUAUACAGCCGUAUGUGGACACCCCUUCACUAUAUAUAUACAGCCGUAUGUGGACACCCCUUCACCAUAUAUACAGCCGUAUGUGGACACCCCUUCACUAUAUAUAUACAGCCGUAUGUGGACACCCCUUCACUAUAUAUAUAUACAGCCGUAUGUGGACACCCCUUCACUGUAUAUAUACAGCCGUAUGUGGACACCCCUUCACUAUAUAUAUACAGCCGUAUGUGGACACCCCUUCACUAUAUAUAUACAGCCGUAUGUGGACACCCCUUCACUAUAUAUAUACAGCCGUAUGUGGACACCCCUUCACUAUAUAUAUACAGCAGUAUGUGGACACCCCUUCACUAUAUAUACAGCAGUAUGUGGACACCCCUUCACUAUAUAUAUACAGCCGUAUGUGGACACCCCUUCACUAUAUAUAUACAGCCGUAUGUGGACACCCCUUCACUAUAUAUAUACAGCCGUAUGUGGACACCCCUUCACUAUAUAUAUACAGCUGUAUGUGGACACCCCUUCACUAUAUAUAUAUACAGCCGUAUGUGGACACCCCUUCACUAUAUAUAUACAGCCGUAUGUGGACACCCCUUCACUAUAUAUAUACAGCCGUAUGUGGACACCCCUUCACCAUAUAUACAGCCGUAUGUGGACACCCCUUCACUAUAUAUAUACAGCCGUAUGUGGACACCCCUUCACUAUAUAUAUACAGCCGUAUGUGGACACCCCUUCACUGUAUAUAUACAGCCGUAUGUGGACACCCCUUCACUAUAUAUAUACAGCCGUAUGUGGACACCCCUUCACUAUAUAUAUACAGCCGUAUGUGGACACCCCUUCACUAUAUAUAUACAGCCGUAUGUGGACACCCCUUCACUAUAUAUAUACAGCUGUAUGUGGACACCCCUUCACUAUAUAUAUAUACAGCCGUAUGUGGACACCCCUUCACUAUAUAUAUACAGCCGUAUGUGGACACCCCUUCACUAUAUAUAUACAGCCGUAUGUGGACACCCCUUCACCAUAUAUACAGCCGUAUGUGGACACCCCUUCACUAUAUAUAUACAGCCGUAUGUGGACACCCCUUCACUAUAUAUAUAUACAGCCGUAUGUGGACACCCCUUCACUGUAUAUAUACAGCCGUAUGUGGACACCCCUUCACUAUAUAUAUACAGCCGUAUGUGGACACCCCUUCACUAUAUAUAUACAGCCGUAUGUGGACACCCCUUCACCAUAUAUACAGCAGCAUGUGGACACCCCUUCAAAUUAGUGGAUUCGGAUAUUUCAGCCACACCCGUUGCUGACAGGUGUAGAAAAUCAAGCACACAGCCAUGCAAUCUCCAUAGACAAACAUUGGCAGUAGAAUGGCCUUACUGAAGAGCUCAGUGACUUUCAACGUGGCACCGUCAUAGGAUGCCACCUUUCCAACAAGUCAGUUUGUCAAAUUUCUGCCCUGCUAGAGCUGCCCCGGGUCAACUGUAAGUGCUGUUAUUGUGAAGUGGAAACGUCUAGGAGCAACAACGGCUCAGCCGCAAAGUGGUAGGCCACACAAGCUCACAGAACGGGACCACCGAGUGCUGAAGCGCGUAGCGCGUAAAAAUAAUCUGUCCUCGGUAGGACUGAUCGAUUGUUUGGUUGAUAGGCUGUUGGUCGACCAAUAUUUAUUUUAGUCGAGCAGUGGCAAAAAAAAUUAACUAAUCCAUUGCGGAGGCAGAGGGGACAACAACCAGUAUCACCAGUAGUAUAUUUACCCUUAAUUACCAUCGUUAAUCAUUUACGAUGUUUGUUUGGUUACGGUCAUUUCUGUUGAUGCAUUCAAUAUAUUAUUAUUCCAGUCUGACCGUUGUCAUUGUAGGAGUGGACACGUUGUUUGCAGAGCCACAACCUAGGCUACACUUGUGAGAAACUAGUUGUCAAUUAAUUAAUUGUCUUUUGUUUGGAGCGCUCCUGUCAAUCUUGAGUAAGGACACGCACCUGAUUACGGAUGGAAGUAGUCCUGGGCUACCUGGCCUGCGUAUAAAUGAGCCCAUUUGGAGAUCUGAUACUAUUUCUGACUGUCUGAACUCACCAUCACUGUGGAGCUUCUCAAAGUAAUCUUUUCUUCACCUCAAACACCAAGUAAACAAAGUCUGUUUUUACAUCCAUUGAGAAUGACAAUAGUUCCUCAACGAAGCCUAUUUGCAAAAUCUUUCCAGUUCUCUUCCUUCCGAUAACCACUCAGCAUGAAAGGGAAAAAUGUAAUGGUCUGAUCCGAUGGAAACGUCAUAAAAUAGCCCUACCUGAUUACUUCUUAUCCCUUGCAAAUAGCCGACAGCUGUGUCUGUUUGGAGCUCACUGGCACAGGAAACUCUGAGGGCCCAGAAUAUUUAAGCACAUUUUUACUCCUGAAUUUAUUUAGGCCAUAACAAACGGUUGAAUACUUAUUGACUCAAGACUUUUCAGCUUUUCAUUUUUAAUUAAUUUGUUAAAAAAUUGAAAAACAUAAUUCCACUUUGACAUUAUGGGGUAUUGUGUGUAGACCAGUGACAAAACAUCUACAUUUAAUUCAUUUUAAAUCCAGGCUGUAACACAACAAAAUGUGUUAAAAGUCAAGGGGUGUGAAUACUUUCUGAAGGCCCUGUAUGUGUUCCUGUCUUUCAGGAGUCUAUCUUUCAGUGAUGGGGUCAUAAUAUUCUGUAGGAUUAGAUGCAGGGUUUCGUCAGUAACCUCCAGUAGCCACUAGAUGCAGGGUUACGUCA